UGCUGCUUUUUCUUGCAUGCUGGGACAAAUGAAAUGUAAGAGCAAGCGAUAGUCAAGCAUUGGUUGCAUUGUAAAGGACCCCAGUGUCAUAUAGUCCAUCCCCCUGGCAAAUAGACAUUCCGCUGUGACAACUGUAACCUAGAGCUAAGGUGCGAUUUGGUGCCUAGCUUAUAUAUCUGAGUUUCUAACACUGGUUGCAAUUCUAGACACUUAACUUACCUAAAUCCACAGGUGGGCAAUACCUAUAUUAGGACCAAUCAGUGUCACAAGUUUUUUUUUAAAAAAAAGAGAACAGAAAAGUACAACAUCCAGCUUCAGAAGUAUCACCAAGUUUUGGAGUUCACUUUUUCGAGAGUUUUUGGGGUGGCUCACAAAUAUUACUUUAAAGCUGGCAUUGCCAAUAAGGUGAGCUCCAGGUGUUGCCAAACUACAACGCUUAUCCCUGAAGAUCCUGAGGGCGCUGAUGGGAGCUGUAGUCUCACAUCACAAGGGCACCAUACAGUGCAUUGUGGCUGUUGUUCUGUAUCGCUUGUAGAUACAUAUAGAUGAAUAUAAGGCAGAGUGAAACUGAAAUGUCAAAGUCCACCCACAUAGGAAGCCACAUCACCCUUUAGGCACUAUUGCUUUCUGUUCCUUCAUCAGAGAUGCCUUCAACAAGUGUAAAGCGAUGCAUUUUGGCACGAAAAAAAGUCUUACUUUUCUGUACAAGAGGUAAGACCAGAUUUUGAGGACACCUCCUUGCCAGGCAAACACACUUUGAGAUAGAAAGUGGGGCCAGUGAGGGGCGUGGCUUAGGAAGAGGGGGUGUGGCCUGGGAAAUAUUCCAAGGGCCAGAUAGAAAGGCUCGGAGGGUCGCCCUUGGCUCACCGGGCCUGAGGUUCCCCACCCAGGCAGAACUUUAUAUAAAGGAGGGGGGAGGAGGAACCUCGCAGAAACGUGCUCGAACCGCGGUUUUGCGAACAGCAUUAAAGGAUUAAAAAUCAGGGGGGAUUUCAUUCAAAGGGAAGCUGGAAAACAAGCAGAUUGCAAAGGCAAAGGGGAUCAGCACAGAUCCUGCUUGCAGAAGCGAGAGCAGCCGAAAAGCCAGGGACGGCAGGAACAGCAUCUGCCCCAAGGCCAGGACGCGCCAGAGAGUACACGAACUGGAACAUUGCAAGCCAAACAAGGCACGUAUCUGAUUGUGCGGCAGACGACCUAGGAGAGUGCAGGAGGAGGACAGAACGGCCUGUGCAGUGGAGCAGCCGGCAGGACAUGCUGCCAAAACCCUUCCUUGGCCAUUUGGAAAACUCCCAGGGAAGUUUGGGGGCUGGUCAGCGUCUCCCAGCUUAAGUCUACCACACAGGAUUGUUGUGAAGAGGAAAGUGGGCACCCUGAAGACCCUUGCUGCAGGAUCAAGCCCAUCUCAGUCCAGCCUCCUGCUUUCCCAGUGGCCAAACCAGCUGCCUCAAUAGGAAACAAGCCUUGGUGUAUAAUAAUCAUUUUUAUUUAUAUAUAUCAAGAAAUUGAAGAAAUGCAUUCAACCACCUGCGUCGUCACAGCCAGUUUAGACUCUUGCAUACAGCCGAGGGAACCAAACCCUAUGCCAUCCCACUCAAUGGCUAUGCCCCCACCCCCAGAAUGAGAUAGAUUUUCAUCAAAGCAAAAAAGCAUACUUUGUUCUACCAUUCGCUGGGAAGGGGAUCAGGAAGAAGGAGCUCAGCUGAGUUCUGAAGUGCCACUUCAGGGGCCCUGUUCAAUUUCCUGCAGGCUGGAGCCUAAACAUACUGUACUUCCCAAAAUCUUAAGGACUGGGAACUUCAGCUCUUUGUUUUUGUUUAACAAAACAGAAAGCCAUAACACAAAUGGAUAAGCACAUGAAAAAUCCACUGAAAUCAGACAUCCUAAGUUCAUCUUAGGUUGGGUAGUUUGCAAGUCUCUGUGGCUUUGCACUUUUCUCAGAAGAUUGAUAAAGAAUGUAUAAUUAUUUUGGUAAUUAUGGUGUGUAUAUUAGUCGCCAAAGUGUUGCACGAGUCGUACUAUAACACAGAUGGGUGGCACAGUGUUCAGAGAUGCCCAGUUCUACGCCAAAAACGAAUUCCACAUUCACCCCUGCGUAACAAGGGUUGGAUCCAGCUAAGUGGACCUACAGCAUUUUCUCUAAUGUUAGUCCUACCCAGAGUAAAAGGUAAAGGUAAAGGGACCCCUGGCCAUUAGGUCCAGUCGUGACAGACUCUGGGGUUGCGGCGCUCAUCUCGCUUUACUGGCCGAGGGAGCCGGCGUACAACUUCCGGGUCAUGUGGCCAGCAUGACUAAGCCGUUUCUGGCGAACCAGAGCAGCGCACGGAAACGCCGUUUACCUUCCCGCCGGGGCAGUACCUAUUUAUCUACUUGCACUUUGACAUGCUUUCGAACUGCUAGGUUGGCAGGAGCAGGGACCGAGCAACGGGAGCUCACCCCGUCGCUGGGAUUUGAACCACCGACCUUCCGAUCGGCAAGUCCUAGGCUCUGUAGUCCCACUGAAAUUAGUAGACAUGACCAAGGCGCCAUCUGUACUGUACCACUGUCAUGGCUUCCGCCAAAGAAUCCUGGGAAUUGUAGUUUGCUGCGGGUGCUGAGUGUUUUUAGGGCUGCAAUUCCCAGAGUGGUUUAAGAAGUAACCCCCCCUUCCCAGGAAACCCACAGAACUGUAACACUGCAAGAGGUUAUCCUAACACUUACAGCAAAAUACAGUACAGUGGUACCUCGGGUUACAUACGCUUCAGGUUACAUACACUUCAGGUUACAGACUCCCCUAACCCAGAAAUAUUACCUCGGGUUAAGAACUUUGCUUCAGGAUGAGAACAGAAAUCAUGCUCCAGUGGCGUGGCGGCAGCAGGAAGCUCCCAUUAGCUAAAGUGGUGCUUCAGAUUAAGAACGGACCUCCGGAACAAAUUAAGUACUUAACCCAAGGUACCACUGUACAGUGCCCAAUUUUGGGAGGCGUGGGUAGCCCUGUCUUUAAAGUGACAUGAAACUGCUUUAACCUUUCUUUAAGCAGUUUGGAUUGCCAUCUGUCAUGGAUGUUUUAGCUGAGAUUCCUGCAUCGCAGAGGGUUGGACUAGAUGACCCAUGGCGUCCCUUCUGAUUUUACGAUAUAACACACAUGGUGUAGUCGAGUCCAUUCAUUUGACUUGUAGGAUAACCAUUGGAUACAACCCUUCAGUUUCUUCCCUAGAUGAGAUUUUAGCACCCCCAACCCGUUCACUCCAUUACAGGCCGUUCUGCUUUCUCACUGCCAAGUCCACGGAUUCAACAGAAAUUUCACAGAAGAAAGCUGCGUUUUAAUGAAGGCAGCAUGGGAGAAACAGACAUACACACACACACACACACACACACACACACACACACACACACACAGAGUGGGUGGAGUAAAACGCCUUUUAUUUGGGCCGCUCCAUUCCCAUCUCAUUAAGCAAUUUGGCACGGUCAGCCCCAUCCGUGUUUUCAUCUGGCGAGAAAGGAAUGCAAGGGAGCAUUUAUUCCGAGGGCUCCGUGCGAAGGAAGGAUUCCGCCGCCCACAUCCUUUCAUCACGACCCUCUGCGUAGGAAAAAAAAACCCAAAAAACUGCCGCAAAGAAAGAACGUCAAAGCAGCAAAGUGGUGGUGCUCGGCCAAUGGCAAAACGGAGAAGGCAAAAUCAUUGCUGCAAGCCACCCAACCCAUCCCAUUCUUCACAGGUCAAACCCAACCAAAGAGCCAGCCUCUUUGCUGGGUAUCGUAAAUGCGGCUUUGGAAACGGCCUCUUGGCAGAUCCACAGCGUUCCUCAGAAACUUAAAACGGGGAUUCCUUCCCCGGGAGAUUGGUCAACCCCAUUUUAUUUAUUCUGAGUACUUGUACUCUGUUCUUCAGCCAGAAAGGCUCCCCAAGUGGCGUGCGUACAACCUAUUAUAACUAAACAGUCCUGGCCCUGCAAGCUUAACAUUUUUAAACAAAACAAGAAUUAUCAAACUUGGGCACCAGUUCUUAAACGGUUGUUCUUAUGAAGGUCAGCUUCUACUGUUCAGGGUUAGGGGGUAGCCGGAUGCAGCGGCUCUUUUGGGAAAGCUGACGUAACAAACUCUCCUUCUCAGCUCUCUUGCUGACAGUCCUAGAAUCAUGGAAUUGGAAAGGGACCCCGAGGGUCAUCUAGUCCAACCUGCUGCAAUGUAGGAAUCUUUUGCCCAACGUGGGACUCCAACCCACGAUGCUGAGAUUAAAAAUCCCACGGAACAAGCUUCUGCUCUGGAGGACAGGACUUCAGCCAACGUUCCAAGUUACAAAGGAAGAGAUUUUGACUCGACAUCAGGAAGGGCUGACACUAAGAGCUGUUUGACAGUGGAAUAUAGACUCCCAUGAACAGUGUUCGAAACUCCCAUUGUUCUAGGCGCAUUUUGCGACGGGGAGCAUCAUUCGCAUGAGCAGUUUCCGAGCUUUGGGCACAGUGCUGUGGCCUGAGAUUUCAGAUUAAAACUGCAGGAUGGAAGGAGAGGGGCUUUUCCUGCCUCCCCACUUCUAGCUACUCCCUGAAGACCGGAGAAGAGACCCUCUUAAGAAUAUUAGGGGGCGUGGGCAGGGGAAGGACUAGACCAGACACGUCCAAAGUCCGUUUCGGGGGCCUAAUCCUGCCUGCCAGUCGAUUUAAUCCGGCCCCCGUGGCAGUAUAUCUCACUUAUGUUCACUUCAUCAAAUCUGGCCCUCUUUGAAAAAAGUUUGGGAACCACUGGACUAGAUCAUGUGAAAAGUGAAUAUAAUAUUUUAGCUGCAGUUCAUUCAUUUUCAACUUUGUACUCUUGUUAUAAAAAAGUGUGCCUAGAUAUUCCAGGUUUAAGGUGCCAUUUAGCUCCUAGCUUUCGUUUCUCAGAGGGACAGCCUCUCCUGGUACGCCCUGCGGAGGACCUUAAGGUCCACAAAUGACAACAUUUUGGAGGUCCCAGGUCACAAGGUGGUUAGAUUGGUCUCAACUAGGGCCAGGGCCUUUUCAGUACUGGCCCCGACUUGGUGGAACGCUCUGUCACAAGAGACUAGGGCCCUGCGGGACUUGACAUCUUUCCGCAGGGCCGGCAAGACAGAGCUGUUCCGCCUGGCCUUUGGUUUGGACUCAGUCUGAUCCUUAUGUUUCCCUCCCCUUAUGGUUUUGAUCUAUGGGCUACUUUUAAAAUGAGGCUGCAUUUUAGAUUGCAUUUUAAUCUGUAUUUUAAAUUGGUUUUUUCCCCCCAAUUAUGUUUUUACUGUAAUUUUAAUGGUGUUAGCCACCCUGAGCCCAGCUCUGGCCAGGGUAUAAAUGAUUAUUAUUAUUAUUAUUAUUAUUAUUAUUAUUAUUAUUUCUGUCACUGCCCAUGAGAGGUUGGAGGUUUCUAAGCAGAGGUUGGAUGGCCACAUGUCCUGGAUGCCUUAGUUGAUAUUCCUGCAUUCCAGGGGGUUCAACUAGAUGGCCUUUGAGGAGCCCUUCCAACUCUAUGAUUCUGAGAUUUGAUGCUCUACUGAAUGAAGGGAGAGGAGGCCUGAUGGAGCCGGCCUGUCAUCUUCCCCCAAAAACAGCCACAGGGAAGGGGAGGGCAUUUUCAAGGCAUGUACCAGGAGACUUCUGUUUCGCACCCUUCCCAAAUCCCUUGCAGUGCUGUGCACAUGGGAAGGAGGGUCCAGAGCGGUGGAAAUUUUGAAAAAACGGGACGGCGACUGCUAUGCGCCCAGUUAAGAAACUGUAUGCUGAACUUCCAUUUAAAAACCGCACUGGAUAUCGAAGCUGCUUUCGUUUCCACCCACCGCCCCCGAGUAUUUUCCAGCCAGCGAAAACGGCUUGGGUCGUGGGCGUCUCAAGUACCCGCCAGCCUCCCAGAGACAGGAAACGGUUUAAGAACAAAAGCAGCUCAAGUCAACAAGCGAUCGGUACCGAGCAUUCGCAAACGCCUUAUUGAAAUCAAGGGGGUGGUCUGAUCACUGAAGUCCCACUUUUAAAUGAAAAUAAAACCUAUUUUAUGCCUGGGGAAAUUUGCUCUGAGUCCAACUUCUCAGACGUUCUUUGUCCGCAGUCAUCUCAACUGGACCCUGCGAAGGCCCGUAGCUGCAGCUCCACACUUGUGAUAAUUCCAGAUCUUGGGGCCCUUAAAUGUAAAGGUAAAGGGACCCCUGACCAUUAGGUCCAGUCGUGGCUGACUCUGGGGUUGCGGCGCUCAUCUCGCUUUAUUGGCCGAGGAAGCCGGCGUACAGCUUCCGGGUCAUGUGGCCAACAUGACUAAGCCGCUUCUGGCGAACCAGAACAGCGCACAGAAACGCCGUUUACCUUCCCGCCGGAGCGGUACCUAUUUAUCUACUUGUACUUUGACGUGCUUUCAAACUGCUAGGUUGGCAGGAGCAGGGACCGAGCAACGGGAGCUCACCCUGUCGCGGGGAUUCGAACCGCCGACCUUCUGAUCUGCAAGUCCAAGAGGCUCAGUGGUUUAGACCACAGCGCCACCCGCGUCCUUAUACUAGGCCAAAAAUGAGCCGGUGCUGAAAUUCAACAGGGGCAGACCCCUAUAGAAAUUCACAAUUGCUGGUUAACAUAAAAUCAUAGCCACCCACCCACCCCCCAGGGUCAGGUAGUCCAACCCAAUGCAAUGCAAGAGUCUUUUGCCCAAUUUCUCAUGCACCAAACAUAGAUCUAUGUUCUGUUUACACCAGGCCCAUGAGUUUAACCAUCUGUUAAUACAGGGACAGGGAACCUGCAGCUUGCAAGGUCUUGCUGGAUACAACACGCGUCAUCCCUGACUAGACCUGACGCAAGUUGCAGUCCAGAAACGUGCAUCUAGAGGGUCAAAGAUUCCUCAUCCCUGAUUAACAGAACAAGAUUCACAGACACACAACCAACGUUCUGCACUUUGGCCUGGCAAAAUGCUUCCGCGCAACUCAAAAAUACAGACACCAGCAGGUUGUUCCUAAAACAUGUCAGUUUAAUGAAAGAUACCUCCUAGAUGAUUCUCUCUGUAUCAAGCAAGCUUACAGCAGAUGCACGAACACAGCUAUUUUACAUUGUCUCUCUCAGCCUCACGUGCUUCAAUGGAAGAGGAUCAUUCCCCCCAAUAAAAGCUGCGUCUGCGUCAAUUGAUCUGCAACGCUCGUUUUGCACAACUUUCACUUGAGCAAAACCCACAGAAUUACCCCACCCCACCCCACCCCGGGCAGGUGAGAGAAACAACUUUGGCACUUAAGACAGGGAAUGCAAGAGUCGUCCCCCUCCAAAAAAAACCCCCCAAAGGUGGCCCUGAAAUGUUCUUCCCAAAGUGCUUGGGCUGGUCAAGGAAAGGAGGCAACCAAAAUUUAAAAGUGUUUGACUCACUCAACCCAACCAACCACACCGUACAAAACACAUACACACACAGUUGGUGAGCCCUUUUGAAACAGUCAAGGCACCAACAUUUUAAGGCAAGACGGUUAACGAGCUGUGGAGAUGGCAGAGAAGUAUUUUGGCACCAGAAACCAGUUUGUUGUUGUGUUUAAAAAGCACAAACAAGAGAGACCCCCUGCCACGCACGCUGAUUUGUAAGACAUGGCAAAGGGUUGUGUACAAGAGCCCUGGGUACAUCACUUUGAGAUAUCAACCACACCGGAGGGGGUGUGGUUGUGCAAGGAAACACAUAAGGAGGGGUGGUGACCACACAGUUGCACGAAAGACCUUGCGACCAGCUGGUGCAACGAUAUUCCAAUCGCACAAGCGGUUGUGCUGUGAUUCCUCCAGGGCGCAGCAUUCAAACUCUCCCCUCUGCUGCCGCAAGAGCCCUUGCUCCAGCAUGCAGAGGGUGACAGAUACAGCCCGACUGCCUGUUUUUGAGGCCUGCUUAAUUCUUAAAACCCAGAGAAGGACUGUCAAGCCAUCCCCACGUGCCAAAUUUGGCUAUGGUUUUCUUUUCGUAGCUACGUACUCACAAGAGGGCGUAAGCACUUAACACCCCACCAGACACUCUGACCUUGCGCCCAACUGCAGAGGCGCCCCAGGCAAGCAGGCCUAGAGCACAGCUGAGCCCAAAGGGUGCCUGAGAUUGUGGGAACAGCCAGAGUGCAGGUCUAAAACAGUGUUCCUAUUUUCAGAAGAAGAGGGAAGAAUCUUUAAAAUGGAAAUAAGCCGGUUUAUCCCAAGUUUUGGACCUGGGUUCUAACGUACAGGAACCCCACAGCAGGGGGAAAUCAACAGAGUAGGUGAAUUCCUGGAGGGGAUAACAAAACAAAACAAAACAAGGCUUGUGGGGUUUUCCCCAGGAAUAGCGUUUGUGUGUUGUCGCGCUCUCCUUCCAUGUCACUGGACUGUCUCUCUUUUCUGCUAUUUUGGAGAGAUCUUUGAAAAUUAUUGCUUGUCUGCCUAGGGUUCCGCCUCCUCCCUCGAGUUUCUGAAAGUCAAAGCCCUGUGCGGUUUGGAUCCAAAGGGAUCCCUGAGUGAGUUUAGGACACAGAUCGAGGGCAUCUCUUCGCCCACCCACAACCCACGCUCGUCCUCCUCCUCAGAUCUUGAUGAACAGGAUGCUGGUGACGAGUGCGAAACCUGCCAGGAGGACGAUGACUUUGAGGAUGCGCUGCUCGGACGAGUUGAGCUCGUGGGGCAGGAUCUCUAGAAAGGUGAUGUACACAAAGGUGCCGGUGGCCAGGCCCUCGAGGACGCAGCGCGACAGCUGGUGGAGGGCCGCCAGGGGGGUCUCCGUCAGCACCACGCCCAGCCCGAUGCCAAGGGGGGACAUGAUGGCGAAGAGGACGAGGCAGGCCGCCACCACGCGGGGGCGCAGCCGCCCCUGCAGGAGCUUGAGGCUGAGGCUAAAGGCGAUGACCCCCUUGUGGAUUAGCAGGGCCAGGCAGAUCUCCAGCGCCUGGGUCCCCUCCUCCUGCAGCCCCACGGCCAGCCCCUCGAAGACGGAAUGCAGAGAGAGGGCCAGGAGGAGGACGACCGAGCGGAUGGCCGAGUGGGCAUUGAAGUCCACGUGGACGUGUGGGCGGUCCCGGCUGUGCUGGUGCGCCAGCGGCCCGUCGGGCCAGCUCUGGUCCUGGAUGGAGGUGGAGGGGUUCGCGGCCGCGCUAAGGAGGGCCUGGGUCUCUUCCAGGGAUCCCACCGGGUCUUUGUAGGCCAGGACGAUUUGCUCCAGGACCAGGACUAGGAAGAAGCCCAUGGCCAAGAUGAACUCCUGCAGGGGGAAAUGGAGCUGCGGGAAGGAAGGGGAAAGGUGUGAGCACAGGGUCAGAGGCAGAGGUUUGUUAAGGUAAAGGGUAAAGGGAUCCCUGACCAUUAGGUCCAGUCGCGGAUGACUCUGGGGUUGCGGCACUCAUCUCGCUUUAUUGGCCGAGGGAGCCGGCGUACAGCUUCUGGGUCAUGUGGCCAGCAUGACUAAGCCGCUUCUGGCGAACCAGAGCAGCGCACGGAAACGACGUUUACCUUCCCGCCGGAGUGGUACCUAUUUAUCUACUUGCACUUUGAUGUGCUUUCGAACUGCUAGGUGGGCUGGAGCAGGGACCGAGGAACGGGAGCUCACCCCGUCGCGGGGAUUCGACCCGUCGACCUUCUGAUCGGCAAGUCCUAGGCACUGUGGUUUAACCCACAGCGCCACCCGCGUCCCUUUUGUUAUGGGUCCAUAAAUAGGUCCAUAAAUAGCAACACCCUAGAGGUCCCAGGCCCUAAGGAAGUUAGAUUAGCCUCAACCAGAGCCAGGGCCCUUUCAGCACUGGCUCCGGCCUGGUGGAACGCUCUGCCUCAUGAGACCAGGGCCCUGCAGGAUCUGAUUUCUUUCCGCAGGGCCUAUAAGACAGAGUUGUUCUGCCUGGCCUUUGGCUUGGAGUCAGUUUGAUUCCCUCCCCCUCUUUCUUUUUUCCUUUCUCCUCCUGUGAAUAGGCUGCAUCUUAAUGUUUUAACGUUGUACUUUAAUCUUGUUUUUUAAGUUGUAUUUUAAUCAACUUGUUUUUAUUAUUGGUUGUUAGCUGCCCUGAGCCCGGUCUUGGCUGGGGAGGGCGGGGUAUAAAUAAAAAUUAUUAUUAUUAUUAUUAUUGGGGACACUUUCACGCCAAACAUUUAAAGCACAGCUAUAACUUGCAGUGCUCUAAAAUAAAAUGUGAUGAAAAUGAUGUAUAGAUGGUAUCUAACACCAACUAAAGGGGGACACGAGUGGCGCUGUGGUCUAAACCACUGAGCCUAGUGGUUCUGCCAGCUCUCAGGAGGAUGCCACUGCCAUUCCAACAGAAAGAGGGAGGGAUUCACGGCGAGUUCCAGCACCUCUUUUUCUAGAAAAAUAGCACUGUAAAUCAAUAUAUUGCGAUGUUUAGCUGGCGAUAUGAAGUUGAAAACCAGGUAUCGCCCAGCCCUAAUGAACAGUAAAUGACUCAGUGGUUUUGAUGAUUAAACGCAACAUACCGUAUUUUUGGCUCCAUAGGAUGCACCUUGCUUUAGAGGGGGAGAACAAGAAAAAAAAAAUCUUCCCCUCUGCUCAGCGCCCCUUCAGCAAAGCGGCAGGAGAAACGGAGCCCCUUCCCUUUCUUCUCCCGCUUCGCUGAAGGCUCCGCAGGCUUCAGGUUCCUUUCGCUGAAGCCAGGAGAGUCUAUCCCUGAAACCUGGAGAGCGAGAGGGGUUGGUGCGCACUGACCCCUCUCGUUCUCCAGGCUUCAGCGAAAGCAACGCGAAGCCUCCGGAGCACGGAGGGAGCGCUCCCUCUGCGCUUCGGAGGCUUCGCGUUGCUAUCGCUGAAGCCAAGGAGCCCGCAUUCACUCCAUAAGACGCACACACAUUUCCCCUUAAUUUUUGGAGGGGAAAAGUGCGUCCUAUAGAGCGAAAAAUACGGUAAAUCCUUCUCAUAAUAGAUAAACAACUGGUGGCAAAAUCUGGGCCUUCGCUCACCGUGACUCUCAAGUUGUUGAAGGCCUCAUUAAUACCGGCAAGGUAAUCAGGGAUCAAGUCCAGGAGACAUGUAGCCAGGAAGACACCUCCAGCAAAACAGCUCACCAGGCUUAAAACCUUCCUUCGGGAAUCUGUUGGGAGAGCAAGAAGCGUCAGAACAGGAAAGAGGAGAGAUGAAAAGAUGGGGUGAGGGGGCGAGUGGGAAGAAUAAUAUUUUGGUGCUGGUCUGAAAUUGCCAAGCCUAACCUUGCUUCAUAUCGGGCUACGGAAAGCCGCAAUCGACAGCUAUCUGACAAGGCCACAUCUUGCGUUAUGCUUUUAAAAAGUGUCAGGAGACGCUUAAUCUCAGGGUCAUGGAUCCAAGUUCCAUGCUGGGACAAAAAGAUUCCUAAAUUGCAGGGGGGUUGACUGGAUUUCCUUUGUGGUCCCUUCCAACUCUACAAAUCUAUGAUGGCUUCCCCAAAGAAUCUUGGAAAGCGUAGUUUGUUAAGGGGGAGCCGACAGAAGACGCCCCCCAAUUCCUCACCCAGAGCUACAGGUCCAAGUUCCCUGGUGAAGUGGGAUCGAUUGUGAAACCGCUGUGGGAAGUGUCGCUCUGGAAGGGGAAUAAGGAAGUCUCCUAAGUCCUCUCGGCAGCCUUAACAAACCACACUUCCCAGGGUUCUUCAGAGGGAGCCAUGAAUGUUGACUAUGCGGCCUGGGACCCAUGUACCUACGGGACCGCCUCUCCUGGUAUGCCCCGCGGAGGACCUUAAGGUCCACAAAUGACAACACUUUGGAGGUCCCAAGUCGCAAGGUAGUUAGAUUGGUCUCAACUAAGGCCAGGGCCUUUUUAGUACUGGCCCCAACUUGGUGGAACGCUCUGUCACAAGAGACUAGGGCCCUGUGGGACUUGACAUCUUUCUGAAGGGCCUGCAAGACAGAGCUGUUCCUCCUGGCCUUUGGUUUGGACUCAGUCUGACCCUUAUGUUUCCCUCCCCUUAUGGUCUUGAUUUAGCGGGUACUUUUAAAAUGAGGCUGCAUUUUAACCUGUACAGUGGUACCUCGGGUUAAGUACUUAAUUCGAUCCGGAGGUCCGUUCUUAACCUGAAACUGUUCUUAACCUGAAGCACCACUUUAGCUAAUGGGGCCUCCUGCUGCUGCACCGAGCACGAUUUCUGUUCUUAUCCUGAAGCAAAGUUCUUAACCUGAAGCACUAUUUCUGCAUUAGUGGAGUCUGUAACCUGAAGUGUAUGUAACCUGAAGCAUAUGUAACCCGAGGUACCACUGUAUUUUAAAUUGGUUUGUUUUGUUUUUUUCUUUCCCCCUAUUAUGUUUUUACUGUGAUUUUAUUGGUGUUAGCCGCCCUGAGCCUGGCACUGGCCGGGGAGGGCGCUGUAUAAAUAAAAAAUUAUUAUUAUUAUUAUUUAUUAUUUCGCUAUUCUUUUACCUGACGAGCUGGUUGUGGCUCCCGGCCGCCGGAAGACCCAUAGAGGAAGGAACCCACACAAGAGGGUCACCACCAGCAGCAGAGCCAAAGAGCCCAGCUUCACCUCCAAACCCGUGGCAGAGCGGAAGGCCACCACGUGGGCAUAAGGCUCCCACACCAUCUCUUCCAGCUGCGUCUCGUGCCUCAACUCGGCAGCCAUCGCUCCGGUACAGGGUUUCUUGGCCAACUCUGGGCUGAGCCCACAAAGCCCCGUAACCUUGUGCUUAACCGCCGUGCAACUCAGCGGAGGAUUCCCCUCAAACUGCCACCAUCCUCGUCAUUCCCUGUCGGUUUUGGGGCACCCCGAGGGAUUAGGGUCCAGAAGUUGUUCGUCCUGCAAGGAGGAAGAAAAGAGAGUGAAGGGGCACUAGGAACCAAAGUGAACAGGGAGCGAAGGCACUGGCAGGGGGGAAGCAUUUUCAAGGGGCACCAGCAGGGAACCCAAACGCUCAUUUUCAAAGCCAUUACUGUUGUUGUAUUAGAAAAACAAACCCGUGUUGCAAGCUUAACACCGUAUACCCAGGGGUUUGAGACUGCAAAAGGCACCUACUUUGUUUACCAACGAUACUGAAUUUAAACAGAAAGGGAUUGCUAUUCUCAACAAAUGUUCUUUUGAUUGACAGACGUGUGUUCAAUUGAUUUCAAAUGUAUUAGAAAAUUUACAAGUGCACACAAUUUGUUUUUGUUACUAAUGUAGCCUUAUGAGGCUUUGCCCUCAGGUGGGAAAAAUAUUGCGCCCGGGAAAGGGAAGUGGGAGUCAACAGACACUCAAGGAAUAGUUUCGGAGAAAAGGCUUUUAUUUCUACCAUCCAUGAACUGGUAGAAGGAGCAAGUGUGAUAAGUCACAAAAAGCAUGCACGAAGUUCACAAUCAUGUGCACAAGCAUAUAUACCCCUUUCCAGUUCCCUCCUCCUUUCUCCUCCUUCCAGAGUCCUGCCCCAUGAGUUCCUCUGAGCAUGAACAGAAAGCUGUCUUGGGACUAUUGGACUCUUGGCAGGAAAGGGGGGAAUGAGAAGCCGAGGGGGUGGGUCGAGGAGCCGUGGGGUUCAGCAUGUCCAAGAUGUUGCAACCGAAUGAGGUAAGAUUCAUUUCCCAGGCCUGCUAUGAACAGAGCCUAUUCAUUAGCCUUCAAAAGUAACAUUUUGCGGAAAUGACUGGUAGAAUUGGCGGAAAUGACUGGUAGAAUCCGUGACCAGGGAGAAGGAGACCAGGUGGAAGAAGAUUGGAAGAAAUUUAAAGAUUACCUACAGAAACAUUGCAAAAUUAAAGAAUGUUAGAGUGAUGAUUGAUUGAAAUUAAGUGGUUUCUAGCUGCACAGGCGUUAAAGUUAUAUACAGACCAAGAUUAAGGAUUAGGCAUAAAAAGGUUAAAAGAACGGAAAACUGGCUAUUAAUAGAUAAGAAUUUAAUGUUAUACCAUAUUAAGAUUAAGAAUUGGGAUUAAAAAAGAGGGAAAGAAAUUGCUGGACAAACAAAUUGAACUGGAAUACAAAAGAGGGAGGUAUGAGGAGGUCCAGAAAAUAAGUAAAUUCAAAAAUGGUGAUGAAAAGAUGGUAUUGUUUUUAACUGUUUUUUUUCUUUUGUCUUUUUUUUGUAUUUUGUAUUGUCUAUUUUUGUAUUGUGUAUUUUUCUUUUUACUUUUAAAUUCUUUUUUACUGAUGUGUCUUUUUUAUUGGAAACUCUAAUAAAUAUCAUUUAAAAAAAAAAAAAAGUAACAUUUUGCCUUUUGCCACAGCAUCUUGUGAGAAAAGCAGAGAAGAGUAGAGAAAAGCUGUUUUGGAUUUUUAGAAGACAAAACGAGUUUUGGACAGUUUUUGAGGCCUGGUUGAUUAUUGAAGCCUGGGGUGAUUUCACAGACAGGAUUUGGGUAUUCUGUCCCUUCACUAAAUCAUGUAUAUUAUGCACUAAAAAUUACAGUGCUACCUAGUAUACUGGUCUGCGUGUUGCUUGUAUUGUUUGUUUGUUGUAUUAGAAGCAUAGCUGUCAACGUUUCCUUUUUUUAAGGGAAAUCCCCUUAUUCCGAAUAGGAUUCCUCUACAUUAAAAUGCAGCCUCAUUUCAGUAGAAACAUAAAUCAAAAACGUUUGGGGGAUGAAAACGUCAAAUCUUCACCAAGGCUGGUCCUACGUGGGCCAGAAAAAAAGCCAAAUAGGAGUUCCAUUUAAUAAUAUUAUUAUGAUUAAUUAUCCACCCUUCACCCAAAGGGGCCAGGGUGGGUCGCAACAGUUAAAACGCAAAGUGAAAACAGUUCAAAACAGAGACACUCAAACUUUUGGGUUCACUGCUCCCCUUGGUUCCACAAACUCACAAACGCACAAAAAGCAUUAUUCAGAAUAGCGGUUUCCACAACGCACUAAGGAAGAUAGUAGCACAACAAAACUGGAAACAGGAACUAUUAAUUGCACAAUUACUCAAAAUCCGGUUACAACUAUUUUGUUUAUUCAACAAAACUGAUGAUCCAGUGAUGGCAGCUUUUCGAGGUUUGAUAUCCUUGGCAUCUCUAGCUGCCCCCCCCCAUGCGUCCCCCUUGCCUCUUAGCACGCACACACACACACACACGCCCUGGUAAUCCCACCACUGGUUUAAAACAAGGUACGACACAGAAACAAGGUGGGUCCUAAAAAUAGGAGCUGUGUGGUGUGUCAACCAAAGUUUGAUUUCCUCCCCACUCCAGGAGCAUCGCAGGCACAGAGGAAAGCAGCCUUGCACCAAGUCAGGCCAUGGUUCUAUCUAGCUCAGUACUGUCUACACGGACAGGCAGCAGCUCUCCAGGGGUUCAGGCAACGGGACAUUUUUUUAAAGAAGGAAAAAAGUGGAGAGGAUUUUAGAGGGGCACAAAAAUCAUUUGACCUCAUGGCAUUGUUGCAAGGCAGUCAAUUAUACAAAUAAUUUUAUAUAUCUAUACAGUGGUACCUCAGGUUAAGUACUUAAUUCGUUCCGGAGGUCCGUUCUUAACCUGAAACUGUUCUUAACCUGAAGUACCACUUUAGCUAAUAGGGCCUCCCGCUGCUGCCACACGAUUUCUGUUCUCAUCCUGAAGCAAAGUUCUUAACCUGAAGCACUAUUUCUGGGUUAGCGGAGUCUGUAACCUGAAGCGUUUGUAACCUGAAGCGUAUGUAACCCAAGGUACCACUGUAUAUCUAUCUAUCUAUCUAUCUAUCUAUCUAUCUAUCUAUACACACACACACACACAUGUUUAUGUAUGUGUAUGUGUGUAUAAUUUUAUACAGAAAUUUUUAAAUAAUAAAGAAAAUAAUAAAUAAAUAGACCAUUUUGGGAGGGGGUGUGGUCAUGAAAAACUCAUGGGGCAUAAGACAUGCAUCUCUUUUUCAUGGCCUCUUGACACUUGAGGUUUCUAUCGUUAAGGCACAGCCUAUCCUUGCAAUUGAGAUUAAACUGUUGUCAGCGUUUGUAUCUUAAACCGCGCUGAACCACCCUGGAACCUAAGGGUGAAGGGCGGUUGCCAAAUCAAAUUCUUAAUACUGUAAAUAUUAACAAGUCACCCCUACACUACACCAAAACAGCCCCCGAGAGGAAUUGUGUUGAGAUUGUUAACCAGCACAAGACGAUGGAGAUACGUUCAACGAAGUCCUGUUGAAAUUUAUUCCCUUAUUGCAUUUAUCUCUUUUUCUCUGAGGAGCUCAAGGUAGCCGACAUGGUUCUCCCAGCUCCUCAUUUAACCCCCACAACAGCCCUGUGAGGUAGGCUGGGCUGAGAGGAGGAGACUGGCCCAAGCAAACCACAUGGCCAACUUGGGGGAAUUUGAACCCUGGUCAACUCUGUAAAUCUCUAAACCAGGGGUCAGCAACCUUUUUCAGCAGGGGGCCGAUCCACCGUCCCUCAGACCAUGUGGUGGGCCGGCCUUUGGGGGGGGGGGAUUCCUAUGCCCUACAAAUAACCCAGAGAUGCAUUUUAAAUAAAAGGACACAUUCUACUCAUAUAAAAACACACUGAUUCCUGGACUGUCCACGGGCCAGCUUGAGAAGGGGAUUGGGCCGCAUCCAGCCCACGGACCUUAGGUUGCCUACCCCUGCUCUAAGCUGUAUCCUACACUUCCUUAUUAGCAGUUGUGACCACUUAAAACAAAACAAUUUUUUACUUCGUUUUCUUUUCUGUAACUCCUUAGCUGUUACUGGAAUUCAAAUGGAAAAAAAGAAAACAAGUCAAGCUGCAAUGAUGACCCCCCGCUCUAGAGUUGAUCUCUGUAAAAAAAUAAACCAUGCUUUUAAAAUUAGCCUUCUCCCACCAUCAACAGGCAUUCCAGGAAAGGAAAUGGAUUCCCCUCCUCCUGUCCGCAAGUGGGGGGGGGGGACCUAGAAACUAAGAACCCAAACAACAGGGGAAGGAGGGAGAGAGACCUUUCUCCGGCCUCUCCUUGUUGGAGCUCACACUAGAAAGGGCAGAUCACGGAUCAGCAGAUCCUAAACCGUAUUCUGGGAACUUCCUGGCCUCUGUUGAUGUGAGUGAGUCAUGAGGCCGCCAGAUUCCGGUAAUGUUUCUCCUGCCCAAACAGAGGGGGAAGGAGCAGCUUUCGGACUCAGAUAUGCAUUGACUGCUACUGCUGCAAAAACUGCACAGCAUGGGUAGGCAAACUGAGGCCCGGGGGCCGGAUCCGGCCCAAUCGCCUUCUAAAUCCGGCCCACGGACGGUCCAGGAAUCAGCGUGUUUUUACAUGAGUAGAAUGUGUCCUUUUAUUUAAAAUGCAUCUCUGGGUUAUUUGUGGGGCAUAGGAAUUGGUUCAUUUAUUUAUUUAUUUCAAAAUAUAGUCCGGCCCCCAACAAGGUCUGACGGACAGUGGACCGGCCCCCUGCUGAAAUAGUUUGCUGACUCCUGCUGCACAGUGCCAGGACUCUGGCCGGUUCAAAAGGGAUCCCGCUGCCAUCCAGUGCAUUCGCUUAAUAAUAAUAAUUAAUAUUUAUUAUUUAUACCCCACCCAUCUGGCUGGGCUUCCCCAGCCACUCUGGGUGGCUUCCCACAAAAUACUGAAAUACAGUAAUACAUCAGACAUUAAAAGCUUCCCUAAACAGGGCUGCCUUCAGAUGUCUUCUAAAAGUCUGGUAGUUGUUUUUCUCUUUCGCAUCUGGUGGGAGGGCGUUCCACAGGGCGGGUGCCACUACCGAGAAGGCCCUCUGCCUGGUUCCCUGUAACUUGGCUUCUCGCAGCGAGGGAACCGCCAGAAGGCCCUCAGCACUGGACCUCAGUGUCCGGGUAGAACGAUGGGGGUGGACAUUUCCCCUUACUUUUUAGGAGGAAAAAAGUGCGUCUUAUGGAGCGAAAAAUACGGUAAAUUAUUUGCAUUAAUUUGCAAUGCCCUUAACAAUUUGGGUUCAGGGUUCCUCACGGACCUGCCUAGUUCCUUAUAUCUCUACCUGAUCUGAGUGGAGAUUCGAACCCAGGUUUCUCCCAGGUUAGGCCCACCACCCUAACCACCACAUCGAAUUGUUAUACUUCUGGUGCUUAACUUUUUGUUCCGGGAGAUAUUUUAAACCAUUUCUGACUUUUAUGGUUAGUUUUCAAACAGGCUUGCUCAUUAUUGUCUUUGCUGAACUUGAUGUACCCCAUUCAGAGGGAAUUGCGAUAAAGCGGGAUAUAAAUUUUCAACAUAGCAUAAAUAAACAAACUCCUGUUAAGUAAAUAAAAAUAAGUGCAUUCACUAGGAAAAAUACAAUAUUCCAAACAAGCAUUAUAGCAAGGGAAAUGACUUGCAAAGUGUGCAUUAUCAGGCAAAAAUCGCAUACAAAAAUAGUAAUAAUUCAAACUAAAAUGUUGAUGAGUUUAUAUAAGGACUUAAAAAUAAUCUCCCAAACUGAAAUGGAUAUGUAGAGGUGUGGAUUUAAGAUUGGAAAAACAAAUACUGAAAUUGCCAGAUUCACUUUUGCCUUGUCUCUUAUCAGCCACCUGGCUGCAUAGACCACAGUCCUCUAAAGAGGAAGGAGGAAAGUUACAGUAAUUCUGCCCAAGCCAACUUUAUCAACAAUCCAGAUGUUUUGGACCACAACUUCCCACCAUCCCUGACCAUAAUGUUGGCUGAGCAAGUAACGUCUUGAACCCAGGUCUUAGCAGUCCUAGUUGAACACGCUUAUCCAAUUUUUGCCAGGCAAUAGUGGGAGCAGGAGCAAGAAAUCAUCUUCGCAUGUAUGCUUUACAAAGAGGCCCACAAAAGUUCCUAGUCCACAAGAAAAGCCUUAGUCUGCCUACAGCAGCACAAAGUCACUGGUGGUCUAAAUCUGAGACAGAGGAGCGGAGAAGAAUUUAAAAAAUAACAGUGUUUCCUGGUUUGGUCACAUGGAAGCAGUUUUCAAUUCAUCCCAGGUGAGAAGUCUGUUAUUCGCCCCAGGAUCUUUCCACCUCAGGCCACCCAGGGCUCAUACUUUGUCCAAGACUGUAUGACAUUCAUUUUGCCAAACAAAAUUUCCAAGCAAAUAGGAAUUCUGCGAUUGGGGUAAAUCUCUCCUCUUUGGGCGACUUGGAUGAAUCCAGUGUCUCAAUUUUAAUGGCAGACUCCAAAACUAAGAUGAUAUAAAAUAUUAUGCCAUCAAAAGGAGGCCAUAUUUAUUUACUUUGAGUCGGGAUUUGAACCCUGGCCUGACACACUAACCACUACACCACCGCUGCCUCCAACUUCCAUCAGCUCCAGUCUGCAUGGUCCAUGCUCAGGAACGACGGGAUUUGCAGUCCAACAAUGUUUAGAGGGCCACAGAUUGCCCUGUCCUUAAAGAGGAAUUCAGAUUCAACGUUUCCUGCCAUUAUUUAUUUUUGAACUACUUCCGAUUCUUCAUGGAUUUCACAACACCCUUAAAAGGCACAACCGGUGUGCAAGUAUAUUGUGUUCCUCUCUCGGCCGCGGUUGUCUUGAUAACCCUGCACUGUAUUUAGCAUUUAUGGACUGUUAUUAUUAUUUAUACCCCGCCCAUCUGGCUGAGUUUCCCCAGCGACUCUUGGUGGCUCCCAAUCAAGUGUUAAAAACAGUACAGCGUUAAAUAUUAAAAACUUCCCUGAACAGGGCUGCCUUCAGAUGUCUUUUAAAGAUAGGAUAGCUGCUUAUUUCCUUCACAUCUGAAGGGAGGGUGUUCCACAGGGUAGGCGCCACUAAUGAGAAGGCCCUCUGCCCGGUUCCCUGUACCUUGGCUUCUCGCAGUGAGGGAACCACCAGAAGGCCCUCAGAGCUGGACCUCAGUGUCCAGGCAGAACGAUGGGGGUGGAGACGCUCCUUCAGGUACAGUGGUACCUCGGGUUAAGUACUUAAUUCGUUCCAGAGGCCCGUUCUUAACCUGAAACUGUACUUAACCUGAAGCACCACUUUAGCUAAUGGGGCCUCCUGCUACCGCCGGAGCACAAUUUCUGUUCUCAUCCUGAAGUUCUAUUUCUGGGUUAGCAGUCUGUAACCUGAAGUGUAUGUAACCUGAAGCGUAUGUAACCCAAGGUACCACUGUAUACAGGACCGAGAUCCUUUCCAACAUGCCAGCAUGCAUGAUGCUUGGCCCGAUUCUGCCAGAUGUGGGCCAGAGGUGCACAGCAUUAAUUCCCAGAGUGGUUUAACAAUCGAUCCUUCUUCAGCAAAAGCCAUUGUGGUGUAGUGGUUAGAGCAGGGGUUGGCAACCUAAGGCCCAUGGGCCACAAGCGGCCCAUGGGGGUCGAUUAACCGGCCCAUGGACCCCCGCUGCCCGCUCAGUCGGCUCCCGCGCGCCACGCUAAACCAGAGCAGAGCGGGCACCGCCUUCCGCGAUGCUGGCCGUCUUCCCACUGGCUGCAGGAAGCUCUGCAGCCAAUGUUAAGCCGCGCACACCUCCUCCAGGCCAGAAGGAGCGCCGGAAAUAGCAUUUGCGCAUGUGUGCGCACUCCGGCCCACCGCAGCGUUUGCAGGACCAUGAACCGGCCGAAGCCACAAAAGCUUUGCCGACCCCUGGGUUACAGCAUCAGACUAGGGCCAGUCACUGCCUCUCAGCCAAACCCACCUCACAGGGCUGUUGUGGGUAGUAAAGGACGAGGUGGACGCCACCUUGAACUCCUGCGGGGUGGGGAGAAAGUGGGAUAUAAAUGCAAAAGAGAAAUAAAUUGAGAAUUGUAGCUCGGGGGGGGUCUCCUCUAAGCCCCCUUAAGUCAGGGUUGCCCCUAAAGAAUCCUGGGAGAUGUAGUUUGUUAAGGGUGCAAAGAGUUGUUAGGAGACCUCUAUUCCAUUCCCAGAGUUACAAUUCCCAGAGAGGUUUCACAAUCAACCCCUCUUCCCAGAGAACUCUGGGAAUUGUAGCUCUGUGAAGGGAGAAGGGGGUGUGUCCUAAUAACUCGCAUCACCUUUAGCAAACUACAGUUCCCAAGAUUUCUUGGGAAAAGCCAUGACAGCUUAAAGCAGUAUCAAAGUGCUUUAAAUGUGCAGUAUGAGUGCGACCUAAAUCCUGAAUUUAACAGAUUGAAAUUAGUAAUCUCAGUCAGAUAAAGCUAGAUGCAAGGUAGCCUGAAGAUCUCAGUAUGCUUUGUGGCCAAGAUUGGGCGCCAAGUGUUAGAAACUCAAGAUAUAUAAAUUAAUCGCCAAAUGGCACCUUAAACCCAGAUUAUGGUUGCCACAACGGAAUGUCUCGGCGCUUUUUUUUUUUACAUGAGGUUAUUAUUAUUUUUCAUUUCAUUUCGAUGCCGUUUAUAUUUUAAAGAAAAAAAAUCUCAAAGCCAUUUUCAACACAUUAAAACAUCAAAUACAGUGGUACCUCGGGUUGAGUACUUAAUUCGUUCUGGAGGUCCGUUCUUAACCUGAAACUAUUCUUAACCUGAAGCACCACUUUAGCUAAUGGGGCCUCCUGCUGCUGCCGUGCCGCCGGAGCAUGAUUUCUCUUCUCGUCCUGAAGCAAAGUUUUUAACCCGAGGUAUUAUUUCUGGGUUAGCGGAGUCUGUAACCUGAAGCGUAUGUAACCCGAGGUACCACUGUAAAACCAAUCCAGAAUAAAAUGAUCCUGGGAAUAGUAGUUUACCCCUUACAGAGCUGCAAUUCCUAGCACCCAGUACCCUGAACUACAGUUCACAAGGUACUUAGGGAGAGAUGGGCUUUAAGGUAUGGGGUGUGUGAGGCCCAGAGUACAGCCAUUAAUGGACCAAACAUAUGUCAUGUCUAGGAAUAUCAAGGGGUCUGCUCAGAGCAGGGCUAACACCGAAUACAGUACAAGCUUUAUAAAUAAGCAUUAAUUGAAUUUUAGACUAAAAUUUGGUGUGUAUACACACUUACCUGGGAGUAAGCCCCAUUGAAUUAAACAGGCUUUACUUCAAAGUACAUAUUUGAAAGAGAAAGGCCUGUAGCUCAAGGGUACUUUGUACACAGAAGGUCUCAGGUCCAAUCCUGGUACAGCUAGGAAAGGCUCCCUGCCUAAAACCCUGGAGAACUGCUGCCAGUCCGUGUGGGCAAUACUGAGCUAGAUAGACCAAUGGCCAUAUUAAGGCUGCUUCAUACACUCCUAUUUGGUCCCAUGAGGACUGGAAUCUUACAAUUAUUUUUAAGGGAGGGCAUAGUUCUGUAUGCUUGGCGUAAAAUCCCAGGUCCAACCCUUAAAAUCACUCCCUCCCUGAAACCCUGGAGAGCCGCUGCCGGUCAGUGAAGACAAUACUAGGCUAAAUGGGCCGAUGUAAGAUGGGGCGAUCCAUAAAUCUUACACGACCCCCAUCAUCUACCACCCCCAAAAAAUAGGAGGCCAAGGGGCAGAGACCGGUCUAUAGCCCCCGAAGCCCCGCUCCUGCCCUCUCGGCCUUGCUCCGCGACGCCGAACUCACCUCCUCCGGCCCCGUCGCCUCCCAACUCAACACAAGCUCCGUGGGAGUCGGGCCGUUCCAAAAGGCGGGGCGAUGCGAACGAGAGAAGUCCCCCACCGCCAAUGGGAACGUCGGGCCAGCCGGCCGUGUCACAGGAACAUUCGAAAAGGCGGGGCGCAGAAGAGGAAAAGGCGCCCGGUCGGCCAAUGGGAGCCCCGGUGACGCUUCUCCGAUGUCUGAGCGUUCGAAAGUGGGCGGGGGAGAAGAGGUCCUGUAGCACCCAUCUCAACCAACGGGAGCUUGUGGAAGGCGGGCAGAGCCGUAUGAUUUGAGCCAAUGAGAAGGAGGCAAGCGUUGGUUUUCAAUUUCUCCCUCUCCCGGGCCUCUGCAACAAGGCUUGGUUUUGUUUUGUUUUGUUUUGUUUUGUUUUGUUUUGUUUUGUACACUCACAUAAAGUAAUAUACUGUAUAUAGAUAUAGAUAUAGAUAUAGAUAUAGAUAUAGAUAGUUAGAUCCAGUGCUCCUCCUCCUCCUCAGAGUAAACCCAUUGAAGCUAAUGUACAUGACUGACUUAGGCUGAAUGGGUCUACUCAGCGCAGGACUAGCAUUAGAGACACACACGUAGAAACUGUAUAUACUGUGUGUGUGUGUGUAAUGGCAAUACACUAGCCAUAUAGACCAAUUGUCACACUAAGGCAGUUUCUUAUCCUAUUUGCUCAGUCCCAUAAGGACUAGAAUCUUACAAUUUCUUUUUAAGGGAAGGCUGACAGUCAGUGUAGACAAUAAUUGAGGUAUAUAUUUUAUAUUUCCACUUUAAGGGGCUUUGCACUUUAGAUAAAAUAAUUGGGCAGAUGUGAUUGAUUUGGUAGUGUGAGGUUGAGCAGGUUUUAUCUUUUUUGUUGUAAGACAAAUAAAACAGGCUUCGUCAACCUGGGGCCCCUGGAGAGCAAAAGCUGGCAUAAAGUAGGAGUGGUACCUUUCCAACCAAGGCCCCAUCUACACUAUGCAUUUAAACCAGCACCGUGCCACCUUAAACAGCCAUGACUUUCUCCAGAGAAUAAUGGGAACUGAAGUUUGUUAAGAUGAGAGUUGUUAGGAAGCCCCCUCUUCCUCAAUAAGAGCUACAGUUCACAGAACCCCUGGGAAGAGGAAUUGACUGUUAAACCGCACUCAAGAGUAGAAUCAUAGAAUCAUAGAGUUGGAAGAGACCACAAGGGCCAUCGAGUCCAACCCCCUGCCAAGCAGGAAACACCAUCAGAGCACUCCUGACAUAUGGUUGUCAAGCCUCUGCUUAAAGACCUCCAAAGAAGGAGACUCCACCACACUCCUUGGCAGCAAAUUCCACUGUCGAACAGCUCUUACUGUCAGGAAGUUCUUCCUAAUGUUUAGGUGGAAUCUUCUUUCUUGUAGUUUGGAUCCAUUGCUCCGUGUCCGCUUCUCUGGAGCAGCAGAUAACAACCUUUCUCCCUCCUCUAUGUGACAUCCUUUUAUAUAUUUGAACAUGGCUAUCAUAUCACCUCUUAACCUCCUCUUCUCCAGGCUAAACAUGCCCAGCUCUCUUAGCCGUUCCUCAUAAGGCAUCGUUUCCAGGCCUUUGACCAUUUUGGUUGCCCUCCUCUGGACACGUUCCAGUUUGUCAAUGUCCUUCUUGAACUGUGGUGCCCAGAACUGGACACAGUACUCCAGGUGAGGUCUGACCAGAGCAGAAUACAGUGGCACUAUUACUUCCCUUGAUCUAGAUGCUAUACUCCUAUUGAUGCAGCCCAGAAUUGCAUUGGCUUUUUAGCUGCCGCGUCACACUGUUGGCUCAUGUCAAGUUUGUGGUCAACCAAGACUCCUAGAUCCUUUUCACAUGUACUGCUCUCAAGCCAGGUGUCACCCAUCUUGUAUUUGUGCCUCUCAUUUUUUUUGCCCAAGUGCAAUACUUUACAUUUCUGCCUGUUAAAAUUCAUCUUGUUUGUUUUGGCCCAGUUCUCUAAUCUGUCAAGGUCGUUUUGAAGUGUGAUCCUGUCCUCUGGGGUGUUAGCCACCCCUCCCAAUUUGGUGUCAUCUGCAAAUUUGAUCAGGAUGCCCUUGAGUCCAUCAUCCAAGUCGUUGAUAAAGAUGUUGAAUAAGACCGGGCCCAAGACAGAACCCUGUGGCACCCCACUAGUCACUCUUCUCCAGGAUGAAGAGGAACCAUUGAUGAGCACCCUUUGGGUUCAGUCAGUCAGCCAGUUACAAAUCCACUGAGUGGUAGCAUAGUCAAGACCACAUUUUACCAGCUUCUUUACAAGAAUAUCAUGAGGCACCUUGUCAAAUGCCUUGCUGAAAUCAAGGUAGGCUACAUCCACUGCGUUCCCUUCAUCUACCAGGUGUAGACCCCCUGAAACGCUCUCGACAGCCAUCUGCCCAAGCUUGGGAUAUUUGCAAUUACAACUGACUACAAUGUGUUGUCUAUGUGCUCAUUUUCUUCCCCGUUUACUGAAAUCAUGGCAAUCCAGCUGUUUACUGCUUCAUUUUGAGUUCUAUCACACGCAUGACAAGAACAGGGGAAGCAGCUUAAUCCUGUUUGAUAUCAUUUUCUCCCUUCUCCCAUUUUCUUUUAACACAUCUGGGUUGUUGUGGUUGUUUAGUUGUUUAGUCGUGUCCGACUCUUCGUGACCCCCUGGACCAGAGCACGCCAGGCACUCCUGUCUUCUACUGCCUCCCGCAGUUUGGUCAAACUCAUGCUGGUAGCUUGGAGAACACUGUCCAACCAUCUCAUCCUCUGUCAUUCCCUUCUCCUUGUGCCCUCCAUCUUUCCCAACAUCAGGGUCUUUUCCAGGGAGUCUUCUCUUCUCAGGAGGUGGCCAAAGUCUUGGAGCCUCAGCUUCAGGAUCUGUCCUUCCAGUGAGCACUCAGGGCUGAUUUCCUUCAGAAUGGAUAGGUUUGAUCUUCUUGCAGUCCAUGGGACUCUCAAGAGUCUCCUCCAGCACCACAUCCCGUAAAAGAAAUGAAGUGGCCCCCAUAGUCAACAAAAGAGUGGCGAAAGCUGUACUGGGAUGCAAUCUCAAAAAUGACAGAAUGAUCUCGAUACGAAUCCAAGGCAGACCUUUUAACACAUCUGGGUAGGCUUGUCUAAACAAAAUUGUUUUUAGCAGGCACCAAAAAGCACACAGUGAAGAAAGUGCCUACCUAUUGACUACACUGGCUGCCAAUUAGUUUCCGGGCUCAGUUCAAAGCGCUGCUUUUGACCUAUAAAGGGCCCAGGACCACAAUACCUCAAGGACCAACUCUCUCCAUGUGAACUGACCCGGAUCCUGAGAUCACCCUCUGAGGCCCUUCUUCAUGUGCUUCCUCCACGAGAGGACCAUAGGGUGGCAACAUGAUAUCGGGGCCUUUUCUGCAGUGGCUCCACGUUUGCCGAAUGCUCUCCCCAAGAAGGUUUGCCUGGCACCUUCCUAAUACACUUCUAGGUGCCAGGCAAAAAAUGUUUAUCUUCAACCAGGCCUUUGGCUGAUUGACAUCUUAUGCGCUUUUCAAUGUGUUGUGGGAGCUGGGAUUAUUUGUUCAGCUUUGUUCUUAUUUUUGUUACGCAUUUCCUGUUUUUUGUAUUGCGAUUUCAUGUUGUGAUCCUGUGAUUUACGGAUAAAGGGCGGUAAAUGAAUAAAUAACAACAUGCAGGGAGUUUCAAAGUGCAGGUGCUGCCACACCAAAAUAUUGAUUUCUUAGCAGUGCAGAAAGGGAUAUUAUGCGUCUCCUGGCAAACCUAACUUAGGUCCAUUGAUUUCAAGAGGUCUGCCCUGAAUAGAAAUGAGUAGGCUCCAGCCCCAGAUUUCUGGCAACCUUAUUUACUCAGAAGCAAACACUACCAAAUUCAAGGGGAUUUAUCCCUUUAAUUCCAUUUCAAGCACACGGCUUCUGUCGUUAAUCCCUCACAGAACUGCAAUUCCCAGCACCCUUAGCAUGCUACAGUUCCCAGUACAGUGGUACCUCGGGUUAAGAACUUAAUUCGUUCUGGAGGUCCGUUCUUAACCUGAAACUGUUCUUAACCUGAAGCACCACUUUAGCUAAUGGGGCCUCCUGCUGCCGCUGCUGCACGAUUUCUGUUCUCAUCCUGAAGCAAAGUUCUUAACCCAAGGUACUAUUUCUGGGUUAGCAGAGUCUGUAACCUGAAGCGUAUGUAACCAGAGGUACCACUGUAUUGUUGCGAGGAGUGCUUUAAAUGAGCACAACCUGAAUAAAUGUGAUUAGGAUUUUGCUGUGUUUUCUGUUCUUUUAAACGGCGCACACGCAGGGCCGCACGGUGAAGAGUUCUCCUGCUCCAAUUCAGCUCUGCCUGAACAGGUGAGUGUGUACACCUGACCCCUUUUAAUUGGUUUAAGGCCUGGGGGUGGGCCUUGGCAAGGCUGUUCCAGGAUGCCAGGAUCCUGUACGGAAGAAGAAGAAGAAGGCGGAAGAAAAUGCUACCUUGCUUGAGGCCGACUGGCUGCAAGCUUACAGGCAGCGGGGGACACAGAGAGAUAUUUGAAGCGGGCAGGUAAUAUUUGAGCAAGGUAAGAGAUGGGGGGUGGAAAGGACUCCAUGCAGGAGAUCAACUGAUAACGCAGCUUAAAUUUCAGCACAGGCUAAUCCACUGCAGAAAAAUCCACCGGGCAGUCAUGCUUUUCAAGGCGAACAAACCAGUGGUUAAGCGAACUUUUUGUAGGCUUAUAGCUCAUGGCUAUGCAAGCUGGUCCGUCAGGGCAGACACUGUCCCACGGACCUCAGUGCCUCCCUGCUCUCUGACUGAAACAACCAGUUCAGAGGGUGGCUCUGGUUGUGAGCUUCCUCCCCCUUAGCCUCAGUGUUCCCAGCAGGAGAAUGGGGAGAAAACUAGGAUGAAUUGCCCCUGCCUCCUUCACCUACUGUUUUUUUAAUUUUUACUUAUUAUACAACUCUGUAUAGUAAUGCUUCGUCUCUCUCAUGCUUGGUGUUUUGCUUCAUCUUAUUUACAGUUCUUAGUCGGUCUAAAUUAGUUUUCAUUUAUGUUACGUUUGUUAUAUCAUUUUUUGGGGGGGGAGAGGAGAAUUUCAGAAGUCUAGGGUUGCCAUAUUUCAAAAAGUGUAAAUCCGCACACAAAAGUUGUAAAUCGGCAAUGACAACACUGUGCCAAUAACAGUGGUACCUCGGGUUACAUACACUUCAGGUUACAUACGCUUCAGGUUACAGACUCCGCUAACCCAGAAAUAUUACCUCGGGUUAAGAACUUUGCUUCAGGAUGAGAACAGAAAUCGGCACGGCAGCAGCAGGAGGCCCCAUUAGCUAAAGUGGUGCUUCAGGUUAAGAACAGUUUCAGGUUAAGAACAGACCUCCAGAAUGAAUUAAGUUCUUAACCCGAGGUACCACUGUAUGGGUUUUUCCUGGACACUGCUUCUGGCUGCAGUAUUCAUGUGUAUCCAGAAAAUUUUGGACUUAUGGCAGCCCUAAGUUGGGCUGUCCCUGAUGGAAAACACUUCAUGCCACCAAGGCCACUUGAGCCUUAAGCAACAGUGAAAUUACCUCCCAAGUGUCCCGGAAAAACCAGGCCAGGAAAUAUUGUUUUUUAACCCAGAGAACAGUGGUCAUUUUGGUUGCCAUGUCCUCGUGCGAUUUUGAGGCACAAUUCCCACCCACCCCCAAAAUCAGGGCUGCAAUCUCACCCCAAAACAUAUGUUUUUGGGUGCUGUGCUCCCCCAAAUACUUUUUUUGGCGGGGGGAGAACCGCGGUGCGAAAUCUUGGCAACCAAAAUGGCCACCGUGUUCUUGCGAUAACAAGGAAGAUGACAUCCAGGAAGAUGAUGAUGUACUGGAUUUUGGCUUCAGAGCGUUUGAGGGUGUGGAGCGAUGGGUCCAGAAUCUCUCCCAAGCUGUGUGCCAUUUCCUUCAGAGGAAGUCUAGGGUUGCCAUAUUUUGAAGGGCAAAAAAGAGAGGGCACAUUUGCCGACUUCUGCUUGGAUCGCUCUGACGACUCUCAUUUUACAUUUUGCCCAUGAAAAAGAACACAUGUCCUGGAAAAAGAGGUCGUAUGGCAACACUAUGGAACUCGCUUCCAGGAAAAUGGGUAUAAGAUUGCAACUUUACAUCUCUUACAUAGGGUUUCGGCCUUAGGGUGCUCAAAGAAAUCAAUCGGUAACCCUUACUAGCAACCUUGCAAGGUAGGCCACUCACUCUGAAAUAGAGCUAUAACGGGGGAAAUUAAGCGUAAUUUGAGAUUUCGAAUAGAACCUCCAGACCCUUUUUAUAUGAGUUAGCUUUCCUUUAUGACAUAUACAGUGGAACCACAACGUUCAGGCCAGUCCUCAUCACAAGCCUGGCAAAUUUGGUACUACAGUGGUACCUCGGGUUACAGACGCUUCAGGUUACAGACUCCGCUAACCCAGAAGUAUUACCUCAGGUUAAGAACUUUGCUUCAGGAUGAGAACAGAAAUUGUGCAGCGGCGGCAGCAGGAGGCCCCAUUAGCUAAAGUGGUGCCUCAGGUUAAGAACAGUUUCAGGUUAAGAACCAACCUCCAGAACGAAUUAAGUUCUUAACCCGAGGUACCACUGUAUACUUAAUAAUAAGAAAAUGCUAUUAUUUUUUACUUGCCUUUUUUGUUUUAACGCGUGUGCAACUGCACUCAUUCUACAUGCCUGUUUCAUAGUUUUGCUUGCCUUUUAAACUGUGGGGAGGUGGUUGUUUUCGUGGAAUGCAUUUUUGCCUUUUUACAUUGUUAACCAACCAGUGACCUUCGGAUGAAGGGCAGUGCAGUCAUGUAGAAUAAUAAUAAUGAUAAUUUUCAUCUGUUGCUAUAACUGUUCUCUCUGUUUUUAUACACAAUCUCUACCCCCAAAAAAGGUAGGGCAUUAUCACCCAAUCUCUCCAUAUUGCAGAUGGAAACUCUGAGGCCUAGAGAGGGUAGCUUGCCUAAGGCUACCAAAGGAGGUCAGGAUUUGAACCAUAGCUGUCAACUGUCCCUUAUUUGGCGGGAAACUCCAUUAUCCCAGCGCCGUGUCCCGCUGCUAUCCCUUAUUGAUGAUGUCCCUUAAAUUUCCGGGGUUUCAAAGGAAGCAACUAUUCCCCCCCCUCCUCCCGCCCCACCUGAUGGAAUUGAGAGCUGCAGAUGGAGCAUAAGAGAAAAGAUACAGAACGGCAGCAGCAUCUUUGUAGCUUGGACUUUGUUUUGCGCAAAAAGUGGUUGCUCCUUGCAGCUAUUUAAUUGCAGUGUUUCAUCAGCUGGUGUCUUGAGCAGCAACCUCUGGAAAUGGAGGGCUAAAAACCGGCACUGCUCUCCCAAAUUAUCUGGUCCCUUUUAACUUCGCACUUCAGCUGGUUGACUAAAAUCCCUUAUUUUGGCUGCUGAUCCCUUAUUUUCGAGGCUGCUGGUCCCUUAUUUUCAAAUCUGUAAGUUGACAGCUAUGAUUUGAACCAGGGACUUUGCAGGUUUCUCAGCCGCUAACAUGCUGUCUGCUCAUCUCAGGCCAUGGAAUCCAGCACCCCUACUCUCCUAGAUGCCCUCCUCUUCGAGGGGCAGGAAGGAUUGGUGCCCAACGGUGCCUUUUCUACACCAAUGUCCAAACCCUGCUUCCCGCUUCAAGACCACGCCUAUGGACGAGCGUCAGAAAAGGUUUACGAGGCCUGGGAAGCCGGCGAAGUGCUGGUGAGUCAGGGCAAACUACAUGGAUAAAAAAUGUUUUAUUUGUCUGUUUGUAAAGGGGACAGGGAAACCCCUGUAUUGCAAGGGGUUGGACUAGAUGGCCUUUGGGGGACCCCUGGGGUGGGGGUCAGUGCCAGCUCUACAGUGCUAUAAUCCUAACCUUCAUGGCCGUUUUUCCAAAAAUGGGAAGAAGCAGAAGUCCCAGCAGAGGAAGAACGGAUACCAAAACUUAUGGAAUAUGCAGAAAUGGCGAAACUUACCGGAAGAAUAAGAAAUCAAUAUAACUAUUUAUUUAUAUAUAUAUACAAUAAUUAUUAUUACAAUAUUAUUAAUAUUACAAGAAUCCUGCCAAUGUUUUUACCUGUUUACAAUUUAUCUGUAACUAUUCAAUAAACCAAUUUAUCUGUAACUAUUCAAUAAAUCAUUUCCAUUCUUUUAUUUUUAUGUAUAAACAAACAAACAAAUAAAAGAAUGGAAAUGGUUACAGAACCAAGUUACAGAUAAAUUGUAAACAGGUAAAAACAUUGGCAGGAUUAUUGCAAUAAACCUGCAGUUUCAUAAGAGUAUAUAUUUAAAGAAGAUGAAUAAAUAAGCAAAUUUAAGUUACUUUGGAUAUGCAGAAGAUGUAAUCAAUUGAAGGGGACCGCAGAAAGAGGGGGAAAGGAAGUCAAGUUUUGAAUGUCAAAAUAAUUGAAAAAUUAGUGAGAUGUAUAAACUUGAAAAGUAUAAAUUAAAAAAUUAAUUAAAAAAUUGAAAAAUUCUAACCUUCAUGGAAGAUAGGGCUACUGAUGACGACCAGCCACAGUGCUUCUGAAUACCAGUUGCUGGAAGCCGCAGGGAUCUUGGGUUCAAAUCUUGAUUUGUGGUUUCCCAUUGGGUUGGCCACUGUGAGAACAGGAUGCUGGACUCGAUGGGCCUGAUCCAACAGGCUCUGCUUGUGUGCCAGUUUCAGACCUGUGCCUCUGUGACGGACAGGUCAAGUGAUGGACAGGUCAGGUGACAGACAGGCGGGCGGUCUCACUCAUCUGUCAGGAGUUGGCCGAUGGGAAUCAUAGAAUUGGAAGGGACAAUGCUGGAAGGGACAGCAAGGUUUGUCAACCCCCUGCAAUACAGGAAUCCUUUGCCCAACGUGGGGCUCGAACCCACAAACCUGAGAUUAAGAGUCUCGUGCUCAACCGACUGAGCUUUCUCAGAUGUGGUGGGGAAGAGGGGGGAGGAUAGAGGUACCCACCCCUGGUUGAAAUUUCUCGUAAAUAUCCCUCCUGACACGCCAAGGGAAACAGAUACACACAAGCACUCCAAAGCAAGUACAGUGGUACCUUGGGUUACAUACACUUCAGGUUACAGACGCUUCAGGUUACAGACUCUCCUAACCCAGAAAUAGUACCUCGGGUUAAGAACUUUGCUUCAGGAUGAGAACAGAAAUCUAGCAGCAGCAGCGCGGCAGCAGCAGGAGGCCCCAUUAGCUAAAAUGGUGCUUCAGGUUAAGAACAGUUUCAGGUUAAGAACGGACAUCCAGAACGAAUUAAGUUCUUAACCCGAGGUACCACUGUACUAGCAACCCAACCGCAUUCCUGCUGCAGGGUCGUCCGAGUAACAGCGACACAGAAGAUCUCUUGCAAUUCCUGAUUAACCCAAAUGACAUCUACGAAUCGAGGAGCCCCAUUGCCUCGCCAGAGAGUGACAGAGGAAUCUCAGACGAUCCCCACGCGGACCCCCCUGUGCAGAGUGAGCUUGCCCCCCCGGAUGUAUCGGCCACCGUCAUCUAUGAGGUUAUUUGUGACAUGGGUAUGGUGGAGGAGGCGACCGGGCCUGAUCCUGCCUUCUCCAACCCCUUAGGUAAGUGUGCAGGAUUCUUUAUUUUACUGCAUUGCGUUGCAUUCAUCUCCCGCCCUUUCCCGCAAGGAACUCAAGAUGGCGUUCAUUGGCUCUCCUCCUCCUCCUCAUUUAAUAAUAAUAAUAAUAAUAAUAAUAAUAAUAAUAAUAAUUUAUUAUUUAUACCCCGCCCACCUGGCUGGGCUUCCCCAGCCACUCUGGGCAGCUUCUAAAAAAUUUUAAAAUACUGUGAUACAUCAAACGUUAAAAGCUUCCCUAAACUUAAUGCCCACAGCAACCCUGUGGGGUAGUUUAGGCCAGGGGUCAGCAAACUUUUUCAGCAGGGGGCCGGUCCACUGUCCCUCAGACCUUGUGGGGGGCCGGAUUAUAUUUUGAAAAAUAAAAUAAAAAACGAACGAAUUCCUAUGCCCCACAAAUAACCCAGAGAUGCAUUUUAAAUAAAAGCACACAUUCUACUCGUGUAAAAACACGCUGAUUCCCAGACCGUCCGUGGACUGGAUUUAGAAGGUGAUUGGGCUGGAUCCGGCCCCCGGGCCUUAGUUUGCCUACCCAUGGGUUAGGCUGAGAAGUGGUAACUGGCCCAAGAGCACACCCUGUGUGAAGGCCAAAUCGUGAUUCGAACCCCGGUCUCCCGGGUCCUAGUCUGACGCUCUAACCACUACACCACACUGCUGUGUUCAAGAAACUCAAGGAGGAUGAAGCUAUAUCAAUGUCUGCUAGCUGUGGUGGCUAUGUUCCACCUCUGCUCUUCGGAGACAACCUGCUCUGAACGACAGUUGCCGGGAAAUUCAAGUGGGGCGAGUUGUUGGUGUGCUCAGGUCCUGAUUUAUUUAUUUCAUUAAAAAGUUAUAUACCGCUCGAUUGUGAAAGGAAAAGGAAAACCUCACAGGGGUUUGCAAAAUCAGAAAACAAUGAAAUUAGUACUCAAGAAAAACAAUUUAAAGCAACGAUUUAAAAUAAUUGAAAUCAACAAUAAGCUAAAAACCAGAUGAAAAGACAUGUCAGUGUUCUACAUGUCCGGAAAGGCUCACCUGAACAAUUUUAGCAGGCACUGAAAAGAGUACAGCAAAGAAGGCACCGGCCUUGUGUCAAUUGGCAGGGAGUUCCAAAGUGCUGGUGCUGCCACACUGAAAGAUUGUUUUCUUAUAAAUGCGGAAUGAGUAUUAUGUGGCACUUGUAACAGUGACAGUUAUGCAGGUGGAUGCAAGUCCCACCUUUACCUUGGGGCAAAGCAUUAGAGGUAUUUAGACUAGGUCCGUCUGCCAAACUUGUCCCCUUUCUGACUGGCCCCAUGCCUCUUUCGUUCCUCCCCACCAGAGAACUGGACACCUCCGGCAAUACUCCCUGAGGCCUGUGCUAUGAGCGAAGUGUCACUUGGGCUUUUGGAGAAUGUGACCAGAUCCAACGUGGAAGACAUUCCUAUACCCCAGGUAAGUAAUAAUGGAACUGAUCUUCUGGGGUGUCUUGUCCAGGGCCUAGUUUGUAGUAUGCAUGCAAAGCUUUUUCAUCCCACUUUAAACAGUUGUGCUUUCCCCCAAAGAACAUUGGGAAGUGUAGUUUGUGAAGGGUACUGAGAGUUGUUAAGAGGCUCCCCACACAGCAACAAUUCCCUGAUUGUUAAACCACACUGAGGGGAAUAGGAGUCUCCUAACAACCCUCAUCCCCCUUAACAAACGACACUUCCCAAUAUUCUUUGGGGGAACCAUGACUGUUUAAAGUGGGAUGAUACAGCUUUACAUGUAUAGUGCGGAUGGAGCCCUGGUCUGGCCUGGCUUUCCAGAGGAGUAUGUGAAACAAGGCAGGUUAGGUGUUUCAGCACCACAGACAGCUCCAAUAGACAUACUUGGCUCCCACAAAGGCUAGAAGUAGACAGAGGCCUUUUGAGCCACUGCCUCCCAUCCACCUCUCCUAGGCUGUACUCACAUGGCUUUCAGCACCACAGACAGCUCCGAGUGAGCCACUUGGCUCUCACAAAGAAAAGAGGUGGUCUGAGGCCUUUUGAGCCUCUGUACCUCUCUCCCUUUGUGAGAACCGCCAUAUUCCUCCAGACUGGCACAUCUUCUGGGCUCUCACCCGGACCUAUGAGGUUGGUUGGGAGGCAGGCGGUUCCUCAGGGCCUAGGGGGAGCUGCCUGCAAGCGUCCUGGCUCUGGCCUCACUGGCCCUGGGGCUGUGGGAUGUGGGGUCCAGAGGGCCUUGACCUGCCAGGCUUGGACUUAAUGAGCCUCAGAUCUCCAACAUCAAACCAGAGUCAGAGAUCUGUCCUGGCUCCUUAGCUGGCAACUCUGGAGACUCACUACUAGACUCUGCAAAAUAUCAGUUGUCGCACACAGAUGAUGUCAUAUCAAGGGACAAAAGCGGAUGUCUUGACAGCACAAGCAUUGUUGAGAGCCAUGAGCCUACUAGAAGCUUUUGUAGGGCUCGGGGAGUGUUACAUGACCCGCUGCGGGUCACAGUUCUUAUUCAGCUUCCAUAUUUGGCUGGUUGGCUCCUUCCUUUUGCCACAGGGGGGCGCUAGCGCGUAGUCCGCUACCUCCCUCUAAUCAUCACCACCGGUUUAGCAGGGAUGGUAGACUGGAGCCUGACCCCUAUUCAUGACUCCAAAAUCACGGAAGGCCUGUGAUGAGUUCUGUACUAUUACCAUAUUGACACCCAAAAUGCCAUCAUGGCGCAUUCUGCACAUGCUUAAAAAAGGUAAAGGUAAAGGGACCCCUGACAGUUAAGUCCAGUCGCAAACGACUCUGGGAUUGCGGCGCUCAUCUCGCUUUACUGACCGAGGGAGCCGAUGUUUGUCCGCAGACAGUUUUCCCGGGUCAUGUGGCCAACAUGACUAAGCCGCUUCUGGCGAAUCAGAGCAGCGCACAGAAACGCCGUUUACCUUCCCGCCGGAGCGGUACCUAUUUAUCUACUUGCACUUUGACGUGCUUUUGAACUGCUAGAUUGGCAGGAGCAGGGACCGAGCAACGGGAGCUCACCCCGUCACGGGGAUUCAAACCAUCGACUUUCCGAUCGGCAAGCCCUAGGUUCAGUGGUUUAGACCACAGCGCCACUUGCGUACCUUGCACAUGCUUAGAGGCCCUCUUUUCCGGCCAAUCCAGACAGAAGACGAGAAUCCUAGCUGAUGAUGCAAUAGGACCCCAUUUGUGAAAUGAAACAGGUCCCAAAGGAAGUAUCUCCCAGGGAGAGGGUGAUUUGCAAAGGCGUGGCCACAAGGCAGCUAACGCACUCUUCCUCUGCGGUGGGGCAGGAUCCUUUCGAGCCACUGCAACUCCAGGGCCUCUACUUGACGGAGGAGGAAAAGCGGCUCCUGAGCGAGGAAGGGGUAUUGCUGUGCUCCGACCUCCCCCUCACCAAGGUACGUCGCUACAGAAGCCAGCAGAGACAUUUCCCCCAUCCCAGAAGGAACAGAGACCAGUCGAGAUGAGCAGCGAUUUCAUCAAGUUUGGUUGCUUUCCUUGGGUUAUUUCUUAAUUUUUUUUAAAUGUGCAUGUUGCUUUUAUCUCUUUUUAAUGCUACAUUAAGAUUUCUUUAGCCACCAGGCACUGUCGCCAGUGCCGGAUUUACAUAUAAGCUAAACAAGCUAUAGUUUAGGGCCCCACUCUCUUGGGGGCCUCCAAAAAAAUUCAAAGGGGGGAAAAACCUGGAUGUGCAUUUCCAAAAUAAAAGAUAAAAAACAAAUAAAAUAAAACCUACACACAGCAACAGUGUUUUGUGUUGUGUAGGCUCCUAUGAUGUAAUGGGCCCCGCCUGCUAGCCUGCUCCCUAAAAUACUACUGGUAAUUAUUUCACUAGUAAUAUACUUCUUCUUAGUUGUAUUUCACUAUUAAUAUACAGUACUUCUUCUUAAUUGUAUGUCAGUUCAACAAUUACUUUGAUAAAAUACAUAUUUUGUUAUGUGCAAACGGCUUUAGAUACCUAUUACGUCCAUAAAUUGCCAUGUAGCAUAUAUUCAACACAAAAAACAGCAACAAUUUGCUGUUGACAAAGGACAGCUGGACAAAUAAGGGGCCUUAUUACCUUCAGUAGCUUAAGGCCUCAUCAAACCUAAAUCCGGCCCUGACAGUGGCCCAUUGGGACUGGGGAGUGGAAGGCAUGGAGACUACCAGGAGGCGGGGCUAGAAUCAAUAAGAGGCGGAGCCAAGCAAUGCAAGUCUUGUCCCCAUCCUCCUCCCUGUCAAGUUCUCCCCAAAGUGUCUAAAUAGUAAUAGUAAUUUAUUAUUUGUACCCCGCCCAUCCGACUGGGUUUCCCCAGCCACUCUGGGCGGCUUCCACAAAGACCAAAAAUACACUGAGAUGUCACACAUUAAAAACUUCCCUGAACAGGGCUGCCUUCAGAUGUCUUCUAAAUGUCAGGUAGUUGUUUAUCUCUUUGACAUCUCAUGGGAGGGCGUUCCACAGGGCGGGCGCUACUACCGAGAAGGCCCUCUGCCUGGUUCCCUGUAGCUUUGCUUCUCGCAAUGAGGGAACCGCCAGAAGGCCCUCGGUGCUGGACCUCAGCGUCCGGGCUGAACGAUGGGGGUGGAGACGCUCCUUCAGGUAUACUGGGCCGAGGCCGUUUAGGGCUUGAAAGGUCAGCACCAACACUUUGAAUUAUGCUCAGAAAGCGUGAAACCACAAAAACUGAUUGUAAAGGCGCACUAGGAAUCAUGCAAAGCUAUACCCCAAAAUCUAUUUACAUUGGCUCCUCGGGUUAAGUACUUAAUUCGUUCCGUACUUAACCUGGAACUGUUCUUAACCUGAAGCACCACUUUAGCUAAUGGGGCCUCCUGCUGCCGCCGCACCGCCAGAGCACGAUUUCUGUUCUCAUCCUGAAGCAAAGUUCUUAACCUGAAGCACUAUUUCUGGGUUAGCGGAGUCUGUAACCUGAAGCGUAUUUAACCUGAAGCGUAUGUAACCCGAGGUACCACUGUACUUAUUGCAUUUAUAUCCCACCUUUUUCCUCCAAGGAGCUCUGUACCUGGUUCUCCCCCCUCCUCAUUAGAUUUCCACAACAACCCUGAGAGGUAGGUUAGGCCAAGGGGCAGUAACUAGGCCCAAAGUCACAUCCAGCUUCAUGGCCAAGUGGAGAUUUGAACCCUGAUCUCUCCCAGGUCCAAGUCAGACAUGCUAACUGCUACGACACCCUGGCUCACCCAGUCACCCCACUCAUGUUCACCCAGCAGUGACUUUCAGGUGUAGUUCGGGGACAUGUAGAUAGAUUAUUGAAAGAUAAAAAGUAAUGUGUAUACAAUUGUAAGUGCAAAAUAAGACGUUAAAAGGGGAAGGGAAAGGAAAAGGGAAACAGAGAUAACACCCAUACAAAACAAAAACAGAACUUAUCGCUAUUACAUGUUUGUUAUUCUAGUUAACCUACAUUUAACCUAGGACUCAGCUACAUUAGUCAAAAAACAGCGUUUUGAAUGCGUUAUAAAAAUGCAACACCAGAUGGCGGUGGAGAGUAAACAAAUAUUUGUGAUUUUCCAUAGUGUUUUUUUCUUUUGUUAUAACGAUUUAAUUUCAGACUUAUUUAUAGUGGGGAGGUUUUCCUGUGUGUAGAUCCAACCUUAGUACAGUGUUUAUAGAAAUGGAUUCCAAAUAUCAUUAAAUUUGUUCGUGACAGGUCUAUGUUUAUACGCAAUAUGUUCAUGUGCGGUGAGUUUGAACAUACCUUCUAUCCAAUCGUUGAAGGGAGCUGCAGUUUUAUUUUUCCAGUUCAUCAGUACCUAUCUUUUUGGCCGUAGUAUGGGUGCAGAGAGUCCAUUCAUAUUGUCCCUUCGUUAGGUUCCACGUAUUGGGUAUAUAAUUCCAAAGCAUAUUUUCCUCAGCAAAUAGUUUGGGGAUUUCUGAACUACCGUAUUUUUCGCUCUAUAGGACGCACCAGAGAAUAAGACGCACCUAGUUUUGGGGGGAGGAAAACAAGAAAAAAACAGAACAGCAAGAGGGAUCUGGCUUCUGGGAUAACAGCGCCAAGCCUCUUCAGGGCAGCGGGAUGAAGGCUCCCCCUGCCCGGAAGAGGCUAAGCAGAAGCCAGGACAGGGGCCUUUCUGAAGAAGAGAAGCGCUGCGCAGGAGAAGCGCUGCACAGAGAGGGAGAACUGCGCAGCGCACCUUCAAGCGAAGCUGGAGAAGGAACAGAAGGAGACCCUUCUGUUCCUCCUCCGGCUUCCAGGCCAGGCGCCUCGCUGAAGCUUUCCGCUGCUCCCCGCAGCUUGUGGGGCUGGCGGUGGGGAAAGCUGAGCUUCCCUCACCGCCAGCCCCGGGGAGCAGCGGGAAGGGUGUGCGCAGCCUUUCCGCUGCUCCCCGCGCUUGUGGGGCUGGGGAAGGAAGCCCGGGUCCCCCCCCCCCAGCCCCAGGGACCACACAUUCGCUCCAUAAGACGCACAGACAUUUCCCCUUAGAUUUUAAGAGGGGAAAAGUGCGUCCUCUUGAGCAAAAAAUACGGUAUAUUCUGUGAGCUUCAAGCUUGCCCCAAAGCUCUGUACACACCUAAAAGGUUCUCUCGCCCCUCAAAUUCUUCAACAGGCGGAGGAACGGAUCCUGAAGAAGGUGCGGAGGAAAAUCCGGAACAAGCAGUCGGCGCAGGACAGCCGACGUCGCAAGAAAGAAUAUAUUGAUGGGCUGGAGAGCCGGUGAGAGUGGGGUCUGUGGCUUGGGGACCCCUGUCCAUUUUGCAUCCCAGAUUCACCUUCCUGUACUCCCAGCCACAAGGCACAGGGUAGAAAUUCAAGCCAGUUUGAAUUCAAAGGUGAACUUACCUAAUUUGCACUUACCAAUGCAUGAACCGACCCCAGAACUGGCCCUACUAAACAUCUUCCAAGACAAUAAUGCCCACUCACGACACAAAGAGUUCAUAACCCACUUACUCUCAGAAGCAUCAUAGCCAGACACUGGAGAGACCUGCCAGGAGUAAGCAUAGACCAAUGGUAUCAAAUAGUAUAAGAGUCACGGGUGGCGCUGUGGGUUAGAAUCAUAGAGUUGGAAGAGACCACAAGGGCCAUCGAGUCCAACCCCCUGCCAAGAAGGAAACACCAUCAGAGCACUCCUGACAUAUGGUUGUCAAGCCUCUGCUUAAAGACCUCCAAAGAAGGAGACUCCACCACACUCCUUGGCAGCAAAUUCCACUGUCGAACAGCUCUUACUGUCAGGAAGUUCUUCCUAAUGUUUAGGUGGAAUCUUCUUUCUUGUAGUUUGGAUCCAUUGCUCCGUGUCCGCUUCUCUGGAGCAGCAGAAAACAACCUUUCUCCCUCCUCUAUGUGACAUCCUUUUAUAUAUUGGAACAUGGCUAUCAUAUCACCCCUUAACCUCCUCUUCUCCAGGCUAAACAUGCCCAGCUCCCUUAGCCGUUCCUCAUAAGGCAUCGUUUCCAGGCCUUUGACCAUUUUGGUUGCCCUCCUCUGGACACGUUCCAGUUUGUCAGUGUCCUUCUUGAACUGUGGUGCCCAGAACUGGACACAGUACUCCAGGUGAGGUCUGACCAGAGCAGAAUACAGUGGCACUAUUACUUCCCUUGAUCUAGAUGCUAUACUCCUAUUGAUGCACCCCAGAAUUGCAUUGGCUUUUUUAGCUGCCGUGUCACACUGUUGGCUCAUGUCAAGUUUGUGGUCAACCAAGACUCCUAGAUCCUUUUCACAUGUACUUUCCACAGAGCCUAGGACUUGCCGAUCAGAAGGUCGGCGGUUCAAAUCCCCGCAACGGGGUGAGCUCCCGUUGCUCGGUCCCUGCUCCUGCCAACCUAGCAGUUCAAAAGCACCUCAAAGUGCAAGUAGAUAAAUAGGGACCGCUCCGGCGGGAAAGUAGUUCUGGGUUAUUUGUGGGGCAUAGGAAUUCGUUCAUUAUUACUAUUUUCCAAAAUGUAGUCCGGCCCCCCACAAGGCCUGAGGGACAGUGGACCGGCCCCCUGCUGAAAAAGUUUGCUGACCCCUGUUCUGGGCCAACCCCAACCUCACUCACCACCAAAGGAAUACAGUGGUACCUAGGGUUAAGUACUUAAUUUGUUCCAGAGGUCUGUUCUUAACCUGAAACUGUUCUUAACCUGAAGCACCACUUUAGCUAAUGGGGCCUCCUGCUGCUGCCGUGCCGCCGGAGCCUGAUUUCUGUUCUUAUCCUGAAGCAAAGUUUUUAACCUGAAGCACUAUUUCUGGGUUAGCGGAGUCUGUAACCUGAAGCGCAUGUAACCUGAAGCGUAUGUAACCCGAGGUACCACUGUACAAGUAAAUAGUAAAGAGAACCCGCACAAUCUACGCUGACACAAAACCCCACACAUGCACUAAGUAAAAUAGAAAAAUCCCCACCCAGCCCCAGCCCCUCUCACCAUUCCCCCUCCACCUCUUCCCCCUUUUCUUCCUAAUGUAACACUAAUGUCUCAACAAAUGAAAGUGAUCUGUAGAAAAUGUAACUUGGCAAAAGAGACAUUGCACAUACUUUUGUAAACCAAGAAAUCUUUAAUAAAAAUAUAUUUUAAAAAACAAACAAACAGUGCAUGAACCGGAACACAGCCUUCCUCCGGAAUUCACAGUUCUCUAAAGACUGCAAUGCGGUUCUCCAGACAGGUUAGCAAAAACGCAUAUACUAGCACAACAUGUGCCUAUAAAGACAGCCGGCACUACCCUGAGACAGAGUGAGGCCAUGGCCUCAGGCAGCUAAUUUUGGAUGACAUGGAAGGGCAUCAAAUCCUUCAUCCUCUCCAUCCCGUCUUUACAUCUCUGCAAAUGCAUUUAGCAUGUGAUCCCUGAUAGGCUGGGACAUGUGUCUAGGUCAGGGGUAAUGGGACUUGUGGUUCUCCAGAGGUUGCUGUACUCCAGCUUCCAUUAUCCCUGGCCAUUGGCCAUGUUUUGCUGAGGCUUGUGGGAGGUGGAGUUCUUCUCCACCAUGAAAGGUGCCUAUUGGCUAGCAUCUGUGAUGUCACCAACUCACCUCUCUUUGCAGUCCGUGGCACAGUUUCCCAGUGUGUGUGGGCUGUUUGGUUGUGUGUGUUUUGCAAAAAGAUGAUAAAAUACAAAUGUGCAGGUGAGGAAAUGUAACCGCUUUCCCCCUUGUUCCUUCCUCGGUAGGGUGGCAGCUUGCUCUGUGCAGAACCAGGAACUGAGGAAGAAAGUGCAGGAACUAGAGACCCACAACAUGUAAGUCUGCCACUGCCCCGCUGAAAGCAAGGUCCUUCCUUUUGCUACCAGCGGACAAGAGGAUAGUGUCCAUUGGGAAAGCUGUGCUUGAAAUUCAGUUGGCAGAAGACCAGUAAAUCACACUGGGAUCACAUUCACCCGGAGCUAUACCAGCUGCACUGACUCCCAGUGGAGUACAGGAUCAGAUUUAAGGUGCUGGUUUUAACCUUUAAAGCCCUAUACGGCCUAGGACCCUCGUACCUACGGGACCGCCUCUCCUGGUAUGCCCCACAGAGAAACUUACGGUCUUCAAAUAAAAACAUCUUGAAGGUCCCAGGCCACAUAGAAGUUAGGCUGGCCUCAACUAGAGCCAGGGCCUUUUCGGCUGUGGCUCCAAUCUGGUGGAACACUCUGUCACAUGAGACUAGGGCCCUGUGGGACUUGACAUCUUUCCGCAAGGCCUGCAAGACAGAGCUGUUCCACCAGGCCUUUGGCGAAGGCAUAGCCUGACUCCCUCCUCUGGCAAUCUUCACAGAACUUUAGCCUAAUGGUUGCCAUUAAUUCGAUUCUGAAUUGAUUUUAGAAUGUAUUUUAAUUAACUGACUGUGAUUUUAUGUAAAUAGUGCUAUUUUUACUGUUGUUAGCCGCUCUGAGCCCGGCUUUGGCUGGGGAGGGCGGGAUAUAAAUAAACAUUUAUUAUUAUUAUUUCCGUUUAUAAAAGGCGCAAAGCAUCAUAACAAUAUCCAACCAAAUUGGCAUUUUAUAUCUGAGUUUGUGAACCCUUUUCGCAAGCCAAGGGCCACAUUUCCUUAUGCACAACCUUCCAGGGGCCACAUGCCAGUUUUGGGGGUGCCAGAGACAAACGUAGGCAAGGAAAUGUGAAUGUUAGUCAGCUGAUAUACACACAAGCACACACAGCUCUGUCCUCCAGGCAAGUAAGAUAAGGUUACCAGAUUUUUUUCAAUGAAUUCAGGGACACUUUUCAACUUCAUACUAAAUAGAUGGAUUUUGUCAGGGGACGGAUUUGUAAAUCCAGGGACUGUCCCUGGGAAACGGGGACGUCUGGUAACCUUAAAGUAAGAGGCAUUGUCAGAGUUCAAGGAUAGCAAAAACGCUGCUGGGGAAAAAGGGGUAGACUGCCCCUGGAUGGGAAGGUUCCAUUUACCCAGCAGCAAUAGACAAGGUUGUUGUUGUUCAGUCGUGUCUGACACUUCGUGACCCCCUGGACCAGAGCACGCCAGGCACUCCUGUCUUCCACUGCCUCCCGCAGUUUGGUCAAACUCAUGCUGGUAGCUUCGAGAACACUGUCCCACCAUCUCGUCCUCUGCUGUCCCCUUCUCCUUGUGCCCUCCAUCUUUCCCAACAUCAGGGUCUUUUCCAGGGAGUCUUCUCUUCUUAUGAGGUGGCCAAAGUACAGUGGUGCCCCGCAAGACGAAUGCCUCGCUAGACGAAAGAGUUUUCUGUUUUUUGAGUCGUUCCGCAAGACGAAUUUCCCUAUGGGCUUGCUUCGCAAGACGAAACGUCUUGCGAGUUCUUGCGAGUUUGUUUCCUUUUUCUUAAAGCUGCUAAGCCGUUAAUAGCCGCUAAGCCGCUAAGCCGCUAAUAGCCGUGCUUCGCAAGACGAAAAAACCGCAAGACGAAGAGACUUGCGGAACGGAUUAAUUUCGUCUUGUGAGGCACCACUGUACUGGAGCCUCAGCUUCAGGAUCUGUCCUUCCAGUGAGCACUCAGGGCUGAUUUCCUUCAGAAUGGAGAGGUUUGAUCUUCUUGCAGCCCAUGGGACUCUCAAGAGUCUCCUCCAGCACCAUAAUUCAAAAGCAUCAAUUCUUUGGCGAUCAGCCUUCUUUAUGGUCCAGCUUUCACUUCCAUACAUCACUACUGGGAAAACCAUAGCUUUAACUUUAUGGACCUUUGUCGGCAAGGUGAGCAAUAGACAAUAGACCUAUCUAUUCUGCAAUGAUUUCACACACAGCAUGUGGCAAACAUUCUGGCUCCAGAUCUGGACGCGGGAAACUCAAACGCCUUUCCUCUUACAGGUCCCUGCUGGGUCAGCUUCAGAAGUUACAAGGACUCAUUAAACAGACCUCCACGAAGGCAGCCCAGACCAGCACUUGCCUUGUGGUAAAUUGGGGGGGGGGGGAGAGAGCAAGAGCAAAGUGGGGGUGGUCAUGAGUGGCGAUAAGACUCAACACCGGCAAAAUCAUUUUUCAAAAGACAACUGCAUUGGGUGUGCAGAUGUGGAGUGAUGAAUCUUGGAGGGGGUGUCAAAAAUUCUGGGGGGGGAGAGAGACUACAGGGGUGGGAGGCCCUUUUCCAUGUUCCCCUCCCUGGGAAUUCCUAGAGUGGUUUAAAAAGGGAGAGAACCAACCCCUUUUCUUCCCAGGGAACUCUGAGAAUUGUAGCUCUGCGAGGGAAUGGAGUGUCUGCUUAACAGCUCUCAGCCCCCUUAACGAAAUGGCAGCUCCCAGAAUCCUUUGGGGGAAGCCAUGACUGCUCAAGGUGUCUUUAUAAAGGCGUGGUUUGGUUUGAAUGUGGCUUUGAUGGGACAGGAUCCCUAAGGCCUGUCUUGUAUUGACAUGCAUGGACGGGUCUUCAUUGUAAAUUGGUUUUAGUGUUUGUAUUGUGUCUGGGAGUCUAUUAUGUACUGAAUUGAAUAGGAUUCAGAAUGCAGCAGUCUGAUUGGUCCUAGAACAAUAGGAUCCAGAAUGCAGGCAUCUGAUUGGUCCUAGAACAAUAGGAUCCAGAAUGCAGCCGUCUGAUUGGUCCUAGAACAAUAGGAUCCAGAAUGCCGCAGUCUGAUUGGUCCACAGGAGCCACCCAAUCCAGCUCCAGGUGGAAGUGAAUCCGCAACCUGAUUGGCCUACAGGAGAAUCCUGGAAUUAGCCAAUCACGUGGGGCCCAUUGUGUAAAUAAUGUAUAUAAAGCAGACAUUCUGGGGGAACUUCCAUUCCUCCUCACCACUAUGAGCUGAAUAAAGAGCAUGAAAUCCACUCUCAACUUUGAGUAUAUUUCAGAGUCUCUUUGGGUCACUUUGGCGAGGGAAGCAAGUAAUCGAUAUAAAUGAAUGUGAUGGAGACGAUCACUCAGUUUACCCUCCAGGUGCACUCCAUCUCCCAGCAGCAACAGCUCCCAGCAUGGGCAGUGGUGAGGCAUGAUGGGAACUGUAGUCCAAUAACACCCCGGAAGGCCAAAGGCUACCUAUCCCUGCUUUUACACCCAUGUGGUUUCUUCAGCGCUUAAAUGAACCCUCUCUCCUUCUGCUUCCAGAUCAUCAUCUUCUCCCUUGGGCUUCUCAUCCUGCCCAGCUGCAGCUCCUUCUUUGGGGGGACCCAGGUUAGCCGGGAUGACUACAAGCCGUCUGGAGGUAAUCUUGGGGGGGGGGGGUAAAGUGGGAUGAGGGUGUCAGAGAGAGGAAGAACACGUGUGUGUGUGUGUGUGUGUGUGUGUGUGUGAAGAGAGGACAGAGAUGAUCCUCAGGGUUCGUUCCAAUUCUAUGAUUCUGUGGUGUCUCUGAUAAGAUAGGCCAGGGGUCAGCAAACUUUUUCAGCAGGGGGCCGGUCCACUGUCUCUCAGACCUUGGGGGGGGCCGGACUAUAUUUUUUUUGGAGGGGGGAAAUGAAUGAAUUCCUAUGCCCCACAAAUAACCCAGAGAUGCAUUUUAAAUAAAAGCACACAUUCUACUCAUGUAAAAACACGCUGAUUCCCAGACCGUCCGCGGGCCAGAUUUAGAAGGUGAUUGGGCCAGAUCCGGCCCCCAGGCCUUAGUUUGCCUACCCAUGAGAUAGGGUAAAAAGGUAAAGGAUCCCUGGAUGGUUAAGUCCAGUCAAAGGUGACUAUGGGGUUGCGGAGCUCAUCUCACCUUCAGGUUGAGGGAGCCGGCGUUUGUCCGCAGACAGCUUUCUGGGUCAUGUGCCCAGCAGGACUAAACCGCUUCUGGUGCAACGGGACACUGUGAUGGAAACCAGAGUGCACAGAAACGCCAUUUACCUUCCCGCCACACUGGUACCUAUUUAUCUACUUGCACUGGCAUGCUUUCAGACUGCUAGGUUGGCAGGAGCUGGGACAGAGCAACGGGAGUUCAAAACAGAGAUUCGACCCGCCGACCUUCUGAUUGGCAAGCCCAAGAGGCUCAGUGGUUUAGACCACAGCGCCACCCGUGUCCCCUAACACAUUUUCCCAUCUCCUUUAGUGAUUUCCCGACACAUCUUGACCAAGGGCAGCCUUUCUGGUCCGGACGAGUCUCCCACCACCGGCAGCCCAGAUUCGUCACAUGUUCAAAUGGAAGAACCCCGCGACGGGGACCCAGCGGCCGCCAGAAACCCUGACACCGCCAGGGAGACCACGAUCGCCAACACGUCUGAUCCAGGGUCACUGAGCGACGUCAAGGAAACUAAUUCCAGGAGGCCCAAACAAGAGAAAGACCCUACAAAGCAAAUGCAUGCAGACGAGAUGUAGCAAAGACUGGGGAUUUGCUCUGCCAGGCAAAAGACACAGCAGGGCGUCCAAGAAUCUUGGUGCUGUUCCAGCUUUUCUGGGGCACACAAUCCAGCCGGGAUCCUGUCUGGGAUGGCACAAGCAGCCUAAGAUCUCUAGCGGAGAGAACAGAUUUUGAGGAAGCUCCCUGGCUGUUCUAGGGAGGCUAGAAUUAGGGGCUUUUUAUGCCAGUUUUGGCUGAGCCCCCGGGAUGUAUGGGGAAGCAAUCAAGGAGAGCCACAGAGCAUGCGCAAAGUGGAUUCCCGCUCGCCUCUUGUUGCCAAGUUAAGAGUCUCUCUCUCUUUCUUAAAAAAUUGGAGAUUUGGAGCUUGACGUUUUAGGAAGGACAGGGCUGGAAGAAGAGAGCGCUGUGUUCUGCUGUUGGUUCUGCUAUGUUCUUGUGCCUUUAAACUGGGGACAGGGUGCUGUUUUCGGCCAAAGGGAGACACAGUGCCUUGUGAGUAACCCUUUGGGGGCUGCAUGACAAUGGUGGGUGCGAUGGGAGGCAAAGAAUCGGUGCAGUGCAGGUAUAGAUGUAACUCUUAGCUUUGUACAGUAGCUAUGCAUGCAAAUCACCCCCGUUCCAGGCAAACCAGAGGGCUCCAUUGCUGCUUGAUGGUUUCCUAUAGGGGUCUGCUUGGCCACUGUGAGAACAGGAUGCUGGACUUAGAAGGGCAUUUGGCAAGAUCUAGUAGGGCUCUUCUCGUGUUCUUAUGUUAUGAUCUUAAGCAGGGGUCAGCAAACUUUUUCAGCAGGGGGCCAGUCCCUCAGACCUUGUGAGGGGCUAGACCAGGGGUCUGCAACCCGCGGCUCCGGAGCCGCAUGUGGCUCUUUUACACCUUUGCCGCGGCUCCGGGGCGGAUACUAGCGAGGGGAGGAGGCGCAUUGUGCGCCCCGACACUCCCCACUGUGGCGGGCGCUGUACUGGCUGUGACGUCGCAUGGAGGCGGUGCAUGCGUUAGUCACGCACCGUCCCGACGUCACCUUCUCACCCGCCCGCCCGCUACAUUGUAAGGGGCAUGUAUGCUGGUCACUGCAUUGAAAGGGGGCAUGUACGCUGGUCACUGUUUUGAAGGGGAGUGAAGAACACACACACACAAAAAGGUAACUUGUUAAUUUAAUGUUUAUUUCUAUGAGGAGGAGUAAUUCUGAGGGGUCAAACAAAGAAAUAAUAAAAAAAGUGACAAAAAAGUUAUUUUUAUAAUGACGAGUUUUGCGGCUCCCAGGUUUUUUUUCUUCGGAAACGGGUCCAAGUGGCUCUUUUUGUCUUAAAGGUUGCAGACCCCUGGGCUAGACUAUAUUUUGAAAAGAAAAAAAAGAACGAAUUCCUGUGCCCCACACAUAACCCACAGAUGCAUUUUAAAUAAAAACACACAUUCUACUCAUGUAAAAACACGCUGAUUCCCGGACUGUCCGCGGGCCGGAUUUAGAAGGCGAUUGGACUGGAUCUGGCCCCCGGGCCUUAAUUUGCCUACCCAUGUUCUUAAGACUACUCAGACAACUUAACACUAAGGUGGUUGGGGGUUUUUUUGGGGGGGGGAGUGGAUGAAAGAGGAUGGCAGACUUUGUCUGCCUCAAAGAUGAAGUCAUAUCCCAGGAGAAUAUUGCAGAAGGCACUCAAAAGGACAUGGCAAGACGAACGAGAGGCAAUCUCUGUUUUUUAGGCGGUGGCAGGGGAACGGGAGCGCAGAAGGUCUGGUUUACAGAACCAUCUCCCUCUCUGGAAAUGAGCUCAUCUCUUUCCGGUGAGCCAAACGUAGAUUACUGAACCAUUCAGGGAGCCCUCGCCAAUUUCUGAUGCUCAAGCCUUGGCCCCAGAGGACAAAUCAUAGAAUCGUAGAUUUGGAAGGGACCCCGAGGGUCAUCUAGUCCAACCCCCAGCAGUGCAGG